AUGAAACAUUUCGACGAGACAACGGAAACAACUGGUGAGUAUAUUACGUUACACGUAUUCUAAUUACACUGAAAUAUGACCAUCAGCACUGUUGCGUAACGUUCGAAAUAUAUUUAUAUACUGUUGACUCCCGAUAACUCGAACCUUCAAGGGAAAUCGAAAAAAGUUCGAGUUAUCGGGAGUUCGAGUCAUCGGGAGCUCGAAGAAAAUAGCCGAGAGUAAGGUAAAAAACAGUUUUUACUGCACGGUGAUCAUUUUAAUCACAUUUGAUCGUAGAAAUGUCAAGUGAUAAUUAAAAGAUACCUCUAGAUUAUAAAUCAGAACGUAACGUAACAAGGCAUAGCCUAAAUAGAGCAUGCCGGUUUUACUGUUUUUGAGAAGUAAAGCUGCUUCACGUUCGCCUGUGACAAUCAGCAUCAGCCUCCAUUAGUAAACUAUAUUUCUACAACACGUUUUAAUGGGAAAUCCAAAAUUCAAUGUUUCGGACGACAGUAGACGGCUUUUUUCCCGAAUUUUUAAGAGCUCAAAACACGGUUCGAGUCAUCGAGGGUAAAAUUAUAUAGAAAAUGACCUGAGGGGAAACAGAAAUUAGUUCGAGUUAGCAGGAGUUCGAGUUAUCGAGGGUUCGAGUUACCGACGGAAAAAUUACAGUAAAUGUAUGACGGAAAUCCAGGGGAAAUCGAUUUUGGUUCGAGUUAGCGCGAGGUUCGAGUUAGUGAGGGUUAGAGUUAUCGGGAGUCGACUGUAAUUGAAAAACGAUUGUGUGUUUCUUUUUUACUGUGUACUUCAUGGUAGCUUCCGCGCGAGCUAACGUAUGGCAAUUUCAGGGGUGUCUAGAAAACGAAGACCUACGACUUAGAAAACGACGACCUAGAAAACGACGACCUAGAAAACGACGACCUAGAAAACGACGACCUAGAAAACAACGACCUAGAAAACGACGACCUAGAAAACGACGACCUAGAAAACGACGACCUAGAAAACAACGACCUAGAAAGCUACGACCUAGAAAGCGACGACCUAGAAAACGAUGACAGUGAUGGGGUAGCUCGAAGGAUUAAGGGGUUAGAGGGGUACAGAGGGCGGGAAAUAAGAGGACGAUAGGAGGGAAUUAUGAAGGGGUGAGAGGGGGCGAAGAAGGAAAAUUUUAGAAAAAUAGUAAAUAUUAUGCAUCAGUCAAUUCCACCUGCGCCCAGCUCCCCCCCGAGCUACUGCGGGACAUUUGCCCACCUUGUCAGUCCCGGGGGUGGGUAUUUGCAUAUUUUGCACUGCCCGGGGGCCGGGCAUUUGCCAACCCCUGGGCCAUUCUCGAGCUUUUGACACGCACGCAGUUUCCUAUAAGAAUAUAACUACACAGAAGGUUUUACUGAAAAAAAAAGCAGAUUGGCUCAUCUGUCAAGGACAGGAAUAAAUGGUAGAGGUUUGUAAAGGCAUGUUCUUGAUUUUACAUGUAUGUAUGCAUUUCUUCAUUGCUUAUCAAGCCAGAAUUACAUAGCGAAAUUGGAGCUAUCGAUGUGAAUCAACGUUUUUGGGUUAUUGAAUCAAAUUUCUGUUGAUAUUAUUUGAAGAACACCCUUUUACAUUUAUAAAACUAUUCAUAACAUACUGUACUUUACAGCGCUCUAUUAAAUUGGCGAAUUUGCCAUCCAAGACAAAAAUAUGCUAAUUCCCGGGGGUCAGCCCGGGGGGGGCCUGGGCGCAGUUGGAAUUGAUUGAUGCAUUAUUUGUACCGGCUAAGGGUAUGAAGCCAAGGAAUAAAACGGUGGAAAUGGAAAUGCAAGGUACAAGAGAUCUCCCCUCUGUUUCUUUUAUCAAACAAACGUUGCCUGUUUGUUCUUGGAUAGAUUUAUUUGAUGAUAAGAAUUGUAUUAGCUUAUUGUGUUUCAAACCAGUUUUUCAGUAGAAUCGAAGUGAGAAAGAAAAUAAUUUACAGUCUGUCUAUAAAUCCGCUUACCUAAAGAAUCUGUUAAAAGAAUUUGCUAACCUGUAAAGUGCGAUUGUUGUAACGACCCGCCACAGAUCAGAAGUAAGUUAACAUUGAAGUUUUCUGAAUUUAGCUACUAGAUUAAGACGAUUUGUGUUUGUUCUGAUUGCGAAUUAUAAAUGUAUUUCUUUUAGAUCGAAUAAUUAUUAAAGCUGGGUGGUCAUUUGAGCUAACCAGUUCCUAAGGAAACACCCUCCCCCUCUAGAACUGGCUGGGGUGGUGGACAAUAAAGUGUUCACCAAGAGAGGAUAACCUCUCUUGGUGUUUACUUAUUAAAAGUAUAACGGGUUAGUUUCAUGAGCGAUCCCGGAGUGUGUUAAUAAAAAGAGGUUUGGGGAACGAAGUAUUUCUAAAAGUCAAAAUUUGGGAAAUUUUCACGUUUAGGCGGAAAAGCUCGAUUGAUUUAUUCAUUAACGUAAACCUUCGUUACAUGUACCCCGCGAGAUACUUACAUCUAUUGUUCUUGCGUUAUUUUCAUAAUGCGGUUUAUAAAACCGUCUCUCGCAUUUUUAAACAGCAGUUACAGAGUGCCUAGUGUCGUCGCAGGAGCUAUUGUUUUGUCUUGGACAUUGCAUUGUGCAUUGCGUGAAAGUGAUGGAAGAAUUAAAGAUGAACCGAAGUGAAAUUUUUAAUUUUGCUCUGCGGCGUUGUCUCUAUUUCACAUGAUGUAAUAAUUUAUUUCUGAACAAUUCGAAAGUUCUACCGGAGAUCUCACUGCAUAUUUAUAUAUAUACCACGCUAUCGGACCUGUGAGGAAAGAGAAACUCCUAGGAUGAUAUGAUUCAAAUCUUACAGUUUAAAUACAGUUCAAAUCUGAUGACAUGUCAACCUGUCAACCUUCAUUGUGUCCCACAUAAUAUUUCACAAUUCUCGUUACCGGUAUGCUGCCGUUUCAUGUAUGGAAAGGUACUGGAAAAUGUUGAAGCCCUUCUUUCUUUAUUUUCAAAAUAUAAACUAUUUGUUUACGGUAUUGAGCUGUGAACACAAAAACGGCACGUCUGAUUUAUAUCCUGUUUGAUUUAUGUGGGCUUGAACUUACCGCUAUAAACGACGCGCCAGUGAAGCAGUGUAUAUUAUUUAGGUCAUUUAGAUUUGAUGGAAAUUUGUUUAAAUUGAUAUCAGGAUAAUAAAUAGGUCAAAGCAAAGCUUUUGCUUCCAGUAGUCAGUCAGGUUGAAUCAUGACUUCAUUGACCAUACUAAAGGAAAAUUUGACUUGAGAAACUUUUUUAGUGGAGCUUAAAGGGAGCACAAUUGGUAACAAAUUUGGUUACCUUUGCAUGGGCGCCAUUCCAUUCAAUCAAAACGUCUGGUUUAAAUUUUCGGCAACUUCCAUGCGGUACCGUAUGGAACAGCAUUUUCGCAAUAUAUACGCAAAUUUUCGAAAAUUAUCAUCGGGAAGUUUUCUUUCCGCAUUCAAAUUUGCUCCCGAAUGUCUAAAUUUCUGGUUGAAUGGUUCGCAUUUCGGAAACGUUUCCGGAAAGUCUGGGAACUUUUCCGGGAAAAUACUGUACCAAUUGCCGCUGUUUCCAAAGUUUCUUAAGUUUUGGGUGAAUGGAAAGUGUCCAAAAUGCAUCCAAGAAAUUUUGGUUCCGAGAGAAUCGUCUGCACGUACUACGAUGUGCAAAAAAGUGUGCUGCACGUGCAAAUUAGACCUUUUGACCUUAGCAUUACUUAUAACCAGCCCCGGGUAACUAGCGGCUAUGAGCGAUUUGCGUGGGUGUUGCCACGUUUGAUAAGAUUACACUGAGAUUUGCUAUGAAUAUGCUAUUUUGGUUUUGUCCGGGGAUGGGGCAUUUCGCAGCCUUCUAUUAAGCGCCCCCCACUCCCCGCGGUUUUUUUUAGGUCGUCGUUUUCUAGGUCGUCGUUUUCUAGGUCGUUGUUUUCUAGGUCGUCGUUUUCUAGGUCGUCGUUUUCUAGGUCGUCGUUUUCUAGGUCGUUGUUUUCUAGGUCGUCGUUUUCUAGGUCGUCGUUUUCUAGGUCGUAGGUCUUCGUUUUCUAGGUCGUCGUUUUCUAGACACCCCAAUUUCAGUUAUGGGUUCUAUUCAAGCUGGUUUGUUUUCCCUUUAAUUCCUAAUACUAGAACAAACCGGUUCGAAUAAAACCCGUAAAAUGGCCAUUCAUCUUAAAUCUUCUCAGGAACCACACAGGAGACUGAGAAGAAACACACAGCUUAUAAUAAGUUAGGUUAACCGAUUUUAUUUAUAUCCUUUCACAUUCGUAGGCUACAGAAACUAUCGUUUAUUCUCCUUAAAAAUGCGUACUAUAUUUUGAACGUUACGUAACACCCAUGUUCAUUCAAGCUAUGGGCCACUUUUGAUGACUUUAAGUAGAUUCAGUGCUGUAAAAAAAAAAAAAAACAAACAGACAAACUAGACAGAAAUCAGAUGAUGCUAAAAUAGGUUGAACCCUAUAUGUGUGUAAGAACAUAUUUUAUCAGACUUCAAAUUGACUAGGGGUAAAUUAACAUACUAGAAAUUAGUCUUUGUUUUUCUAUUCAGGACAGUAGCCUGGUUGAUAGCUGCUAUUACAGUAUUAGGCUUUGUACCUUAAUCCUAUAAUACAAUAGAGAGAACAAACCCGGGUUCCACUAAAAACCAUAAAAUGGCUAAAAAUCGGCUCGGGGACCACAAAGGAGAAACAAAUGUCAGCUAAACUGAGGUUAUCGAGAGAUUAGAGCAGUUUUAUUUAACACAUUCGUACUAGUUACGGACACAAUCGUUUUCUCCCCACAAAUCCUUAUAUUUCUUAAAGGUUACGCAUCAAUACCGAUGUUCAUAUUUUAGUCGAGCUGACCGAGCUUGGUCCAGCUGAAAAUACUCCUUCUUAAUACCUUAAAAUUGAGGCUUACUCUUCUCAGGAUAACUAGCUAGACUCAAUUUUACUGUUCCAGCCGGCUUACCGCAAACAUAAGCAAAAGCCAACAGUGAAUUUAAUCGCGAUAAAAGCAUAAACGCCUUGUGCGUCUGCAUUAGUCCUUAACGCGUAAACCACUGAGCAAUUUGCAGAGAUAGAUUAGUGGUUUUAUCAUCAAAUAUGAGAAAAAUUGAAGGUCUUCUAAGCUGAGAAGAUAUGAAGACACCUUAAAACAAGAUUAUUUUAAAUCAUCUUUAAGUUAACAAUAACGUCAACUUUCUUUUCAGCUGGCCUCGGCUCGCUAACCUUGGGCAUGGCAUGGUUUGCCAGUCCGCUGCCUGGUUAUCUCUGUGAUCGUUUUGGUUGUCGUAUCACGAACUUCCUGGGAGCAGCGUUGUGCAUGAUCGGCUUGGUGCUAUCGUCAUUUGCUAAGAGCCUCACUCACAUGUACGUCACCCAUGGUCUGAUAAUUGGCUUAGGAAUAUGUUUUAUUUACAACUCCUGCUACCUUGUAAUCGCACAGUACUUUAAAAAGAAGUUGUCCUUGGCAACUGGUAUUGUAGCUUUGGGAGAAAGCACUGGCGUCUUUUUUACAGGUCCGUUGCUUCAAUUCUUUUUGGAUUCAUUUGGAUGGAGAGGCACUUACAGGAUCAUGGUCAUGGCUUUUGCUCUUGUCUGCCUCCUGGGCUUGACUUACAACCCAAACAUACAGUUGCAAGAAACAACGGGUCACAACAUAGAAAACAAAAAUGAGAACCAAGACAAUGAAAGAAGCAGCAUUUCUCUUUACUGCAGCGUGUGGAAAAGUCCUACGUUCGUGGCGGUUACCACUUCUUUUAUGGUGACAGCGUUUGCCAUAUACAUUCCAUUAAUAUAUCUGGUAAGUUUUAUUACAUACCCUUUGGACUUGGAAAGAAUAAAUUUAUACUGUGUUACAAUGGAGUAAUUGUAGCCUCGCCCCUUAAUGAUUUUUACGCUGACGAGCUCAAUGGGAUAAUGGCGAGACCCAAUGUUACUGCAAACGGAAAACUUACGACAAAUACAGAGCGCUAGGCACACUGAUAUUCGAUUUAUCAGGUACGUCAUCAACUCCUGCUUAAUACGCGCGCAAGUUCUGUAAAGUAUUUCACAGUGAACGACCAAUGAUAUCCAAACUGACUAUACGGACUGGUUUGAUUAUUUUUGUAGGUGAAGUUUUCAGAGGAUAAUGGAAUAAGCGCCCAAGCUGCUUCUCGCUUAUUUAUUUUCAUUGGACUUGCUUCAUCUCUUGCAAGAAUCAUAACAGGAAAGUUGUGCAACAUCAAAAAAGUAAAUUCCAUAUUUAUUUAUCAGGCAUCCAUGCUAUUAGCUGCUCUUUCCACACUUUUGCUUCAGUUUGCUACCACAAAAUACUGGUUGUUAAUCGUCUUCAGCUUUAUCUAUGGCUUCAGCGAUGGAAUUUUCAUGACAUCGGCUGUGUAUACUCAGCUGACCUGUGUGGAUGCUAAAAGAGUAACAGCGUCCUUCUGUACUAGCAACGUACUUUAUUCAAUAGCUGCAGCUGCUGGUAGCCCAAUUGCUGGUGAGUUAAUAUCUAUAAUGAGUCAGUUUGGCUUGUAUGUUUUGUUUUCGCAAUUAAGGUCAUGCGAUCAUUGUGUUCUCAAGGGAAUUUGCCAUUUAUCUUUUCAUAAAUCCUGCAUCAUAAUACUCGUGGACGAGAUGAAAUUUAAAACAAACUGGGAAUCUGGGGGCAACAUUACAUGGUUUGAAAAAGGAAGUGAAGCAUACGAAAAGGUCUAUUACUAACUGUAACGAUCUAAGGGCCUGUUUACAGGGAGGUGGGGGACCCCAGGUAGGUGAGGUAACCCGCUUAGGUGGGGUAACCCGCCUGUCCAUAUAAUCUCUCAUUUUCAUUUGAUCACGUUUACAUGAUAGGUGGGGUGACCCGCCAAGGCGGGUAACCCGGUCUACCAGACCGGGUUACCCUCUCAGCCGGGGUCACAAUUUGUCAUGUAAACGUUUCAAGGUGGGGUAACCCGCCUGGCCGGGGUCGGAUUCGUGAUACAUCAAAUUCGCGCAAAAUCCACUUUCGCGGUGUCUUUGCAUUAUGAUUAAAGUUAACAAUAGAAAGCUAUUGCACUUACGGGUUGCAGCAAGAGCAACAAGUGAGUGAAGAAGUGCAUUAAUCGCCAAAACUCGUGGUUUGCCAGCAUUUUUCUUGUUUACGUGCUUAGCGACCAUUCAAUAAUCUUGAGAAAGUGCACCCCGGGAAGGCGGGGUUGUAAGAUUGCAUGUAAAGGAGGGUUAUUUUUUUACCUCACCUAAGCGGGUUACCUCACCUACCUGGGGUCCCCCACCUCCAUGUAAACAGGCCCUAAAUAGUUUUCUGCUACGAUUAAUGUAUUGUAGUGCUGGUGCGCAACAUUCCACACGGGUUGAACACAGCCUAAUUAAAAGGAGGGUGAUCCCCUAUGGGACGCUCGUCAGGGAAAUAGAAACCCCUAGACGAUCAUGUUCUGUUCUCGAAAUAUUUGCGUAAGUCAAAAUAUAUAUCACAAUAUUUUGAAAAUAGGUGCUUCCAUUUACAGCCCUGUCGAAUGAAGUAAGUCUCUAUUAAAAUACGGCCUCAGAGAAUUUGACUUAUUUUGUUGUAAAAGCGGACUCUCAUUGCCAUUUCUUUUGAACAGGUUUAAUAGUGGACCACACAGGAAGUUAUGUUUACUCAUUCUACAUGACUGGUGGUGUUCUUCUGGUGGCAUUUCUUAUUCCAAUGAUUUUGAUUCCUAUCAAUCAUAGAAGUAUCAAAGGUCUUCCUCAGAACCACAUCAAUGACGAUAAACAAUUGUUUACAGAAAGAUCGAAACGGAUCGAGACUCAGGGACAAACCUAUCACUACAGUGAGGGAGAAAUCUCUGAAAAAGGUUCUUUAAGAUGUUCUGUGUCAGUGCCUAAAUGGUACUAAAGCGGUCGAUUAGUUACGAGCUCAAAAUAAUGAACUAGUCGAGCAGGAAGAUGGAGUUUCCGUGCACCUAUUAAAUAAUAUUUUUUUACAUUUUUGUAAUUCUCACGAUUGUUUUUUCCACAAAUAUACCGGCAUAUGUUCCUAUCACGAAAUAUUGUGCCUUAUGCCAAACCUUUUUUUUUGUCUGUUCCUUUGACAACAAUAAUCCUUCGAUAUCUCUCGAUCCACCAAUCAGCGUAUCGCGACCGUUGUCAGCUCAAAACCCCAACCCUGCCCCGCACAGGUUUUUACUACGGUCGCGAUACGCUGAUUGAUGGAUUUUUUGUAUUUGGAUCGACGCACAUACCUAAAAUGCCUUUGGUCGAGAAUUUUGCACCGAUCAUGUAGAGAAAGCUGGUCUUGCAACUUCAGGAUCGCUUUUCUUGAGAAAUUUUAAAAGAAUUGAGCUCUCACUCGGCGCAGGCGUGGAGACAUAUCUUACUAGUGGAUUGGGAACCGGUAUUUUCGAGGAAAGAAAUUAAAUAGUUUGGCGUCAGUUCCACCUUAAAGUGAACUAGGUCAUGCGCCGGCGGCUGAUUGCUGCCUGCCUUGUCUCCUUCUUUAGCGCCGAGGUCAAAUAUUCAUCUCACAAAAUGACCCAUAAAACAGCACGGGGCAGCAAAAAAAACAAAACAAAAAAAACAAAAAACUAAACAUGACACAGACUCAGUUAACAUUUUCUUCAAACUCUUAUUGAACCAUUUGCGUUAAAAUCUGCAUUUUGGACAACAUUAUAGCGGCCGUACUGUUCAUCUGUAUUUCUUUUGUAAAUAACAAAAGAUCGAUGCUCAGAUUUCAUUCAAUAACUGCCCCAAUAACAGAAGGUGGUCUGCCUGUGGUCUUUACAGUCUGCCUCUGUCUGUUUUUUACUUAUACUAUUUCUAAUUUCUUGAUGCAACCUCGUUCCCAGGGUUCUCUCCUACACGCCCUACGGAGCGAGAGAGAGAGAGAGAGAGAGACGUCUCUCUUUCUCUCGCUCCGUAGGGCGGGUAGGAGAGAAUCCUGGGAACGAAGUUGUUCUUGAUGACCAUUCAUUUUUGUGAGUUUAUGUUGCAUAAAAUGCUGUUGAUAUUCAUGCUUUGUUUUGGGUGGGUUCAAAGUGUGUCGACCUCGUAUGGGACUUUGUUUUCUUUUUUCCGACCUCGAGCACUUAAUUGUACUUAUCAGAAAAUCAAUAAAUUAAUAAGCAAAUAAAUGAAGACGUUAUAACUGCUGAAAAAAUAAUGAUCAUUUUUUCGCUAUGAUAUUCACAGGGGAAACUGAAAGUAAACUAAAUUUUAAACACCAACAUCGCAACUUAGAGUCAACAUGUACUCUUCAGUCCCAAAAUGCAGAUGUCUUUUAAUUAAAGACCUCUGACUUUAUGUACAUAAAUCUUCCUCCCUAGGUGGAAAAAAAAGGAAAACUGAAAGCAAACGCAAACCGAAGGCAACCGUAAAACCAACCACCCCAUUGAGACCAUCUUCUUCCACACUACUGUAUAAGGCUCCCGGGAGAGGGGAGGGGGGGGUGGGAGACUCCCGACUCCCAUAUAAAGAGGCGGGGAUGCUCGUCGGAAAUUUUGAAUAAUACCCCUACAGGAGACCAAUCUGGGCGUGGCCCAACCUUUUUUCACCCCUAAAAGCGAUCAUUUUAAACUUUGAUGACAUGAAUCCAGUUAAUAAAAGGUCAUAAAACAAAUUGAAAAUAUAUGAUUGUUUAUAUUUCUUCGAGUGCAACCCUAACUUUUACGGGCUAAAUAUAAUGGUGUUUUGCCCAGAACACCCUAAGCGAGACCAAAAUCUGAAAUUUACACCCUUGAGAGAGAUGACGAGCAUCCCGGCCUCUUCCAUACGGGAGUUCCCCCCUUCGGGAUAAGGCUUAAAAGAGGUCUGGUCUGCGUUCCUUAACAAGACGAAAUUGGGUCAAAUUCCUCUUCACCAUGCCGACACUUUCAAUUUCUGCAUCGACACGGCCAAGAUGGGCCACUUGUUUUUCCUAAUAACUAAAAAAAGCCUAACGACGCACGUGCGACUGAAGCCUGAAACCAGAGAGUGGAAUUUCUGUUCGAGUAGGACUCGAAAAAAUUGUUAAAGAAUGCCACUAGCUCCCCAGUCUUAAGGCCGGAUUCUAGAAAAUGAACCUUUCAAAUUAUUUAUCAUAGACUGUUCAGAUAAAUAUUAUCCGGCAGCCCAGAAAAUCUCGAAUUGUAGCUAUGUACUUAAGUAGGGUUGAGGAAUAGGCUAGAUAUAUGAAAACAGCAUUCAAAUCAUCCACACAAUGGUGGGAACCAGUUAAAUACACUUUCAGACAACUACUUCAGGUGAUUACGGAUAGAAAACAGUUGUUGAUCAUUUUCGGGAAGUGAUCUUUGGACAUGUCGCUCAUCACUUCCGUCCCUAAUGGCCAGCUAUUCAAAACGCAUGGUAAAUUUAUUAAUUAUUAUGUAUGCCCUGACCCUUUUACUUUCAGUUGCAACAGAAAGUCAGAGCAACAAGUGUCCCUUAAGAGAGAUUUCUUGCACCAUACAGGUACCCAAAAAAUACCCUCUGUCUCGCCUCCGUCAAAUUCUUCUGGCAAGAGAUUUCAGAUCAACUGCAAAAUGCCAGUAUAUGAAGAACGAGAUCCUGAUUGUCACGAGAGACUUGAGAAACUAUGGUGGUGUUUGAGAAGCAAUCGUAAACAAGACAGUAUGUGGUCAUGGGUUGUGUGUUUUUCAGCAGCAAUUUGCAAUUCACUGAACCUUGGCUUUGUUCUUAGCUUCGGUGUUCUGUUCCCUGUAUUGCUGGACUAUUUCAACGAAACAAAGGAAAGAACUGGUGAGUAGAGACAAUCAUUUAACUUUUUGCCAGAUAUGAUAUCUGGAACACUAUGCGAUAAGAGCUGGUUCGGCUCAGUUCUUGUGGCGGUUCCCCCAGAUUUGUUUUUUGCUUCUUGCGAUAGUGCUGAGCAGAUGUAGUAUUUAUGUUCUUCUUACUCACGAUUUACGAGUCAUUUGCUUGCCAAGGAAUUUAACCUUAAUCCAAUAAGACUGUGUGUAAUUAAAUUAGCUCCCUUUAGCACAGGUAGCCCAAGCUCGAAAUAUGAGCAUUGGCGAGCAUCGGCAUUAUUGCGUAACAUUCAAAAUAUAAGAAGAAAAUUUAUCGAGGCAAACUGACUAAGGCUGUGACUAUACUACAUUUCCGGAUGGCUUAUCAUGUUGACUUAAAAAAUAUUCAAGCUUAGCCACAGUGCAACGAAGAGUGGUACAGAAACCUAUCUGAUGGGCUAGAAUCCCGGGGGGAGGGGGUACUGCCAUAUAUGAGCUAUAUAGGUAUGUGCUGCUGUGAAGCGUAUGGUUUUCAAGCAGUUUACUCUAGGAUAGGGUACAUAAAUCAGAGCGUUUGGGUCUAGAGUAGGGUAUCAUUUUUCAGGAAACUGAUCACUUGGUUGAAGUUUUUAUGAAGAUUUGGGAUUGUGGUAUAAGGUUUUGUUUUGGCUAGACUGUGAAAGUGACAUCAGUAGUUUCUGGAAAACAGCUACUCUAGGAUUGGGGGGAUUGGGGGAGUUUACUCUAAUAUAGGGUAGCAAAAUUCAGCUGAACUAGACCUGGUAUAGGUUAAGGGGUCUCAGGGUCCCAGCGACACACCCUCACUCAGAAAUUCCUAAAGUACCUCCCCCCUCGGGGGCCAGAAUGGGCCGACACAGUUUCGCUCCGUUACGAGGACCGCUCAGAAAUCAUCGCUCUAACUUAUGUGUAAACAGAAGUUCUAUUCGAUAUGGAAUUCGUGUCGGCGGUAAAUCUGUAUAGUUUAGGCCUAACAUUCAAUUCACUCUCUGUUACGUAACAAGGACUCUCUAGUUGCGUAACUGACCGGAUUAAUUUUUCGUUCUCAUUUCGGAAAUAACUCCACAGGUAGCCCAAGCUCGAAAUAUGAGCAUCGGCGAACAUCGGCAUUGUUGCGUAACAUUCGAAAUAUAAGGAUUUGUAUGGGAAAAAAACCCAUCGUUUCUGUAACCUACGAAAAUGAAAGAAUUUCAAUAAAAAAACAGCUUAACUUACUUAAAAUGAGUGUUACGUCUCUCCUGUGUGGUCCACGGGCCGAUUUAUGGCCGUUUUAUUUAUUUAUUUAUUUAUUUAUUUAUUUAUUUUUGAGAAUCAGCAAGCUCCUGCGGACGUAAGCGUCUUUGUAAAACUAUGAUCUCUUGAUAUAACAACAUGAAUUUUUUUUUCAGCUUUUGUUGGCUCACUAGCAUUGGGCAUGACAUGGCUUGCCAGUCCGCUGCCUGGCUAUCUCUGUGAUCGCGUUGGCUGUCGCGUCACAAACUUCAUUGGAGGCACCCUGUGCGUGACGGGCUUGGUGCUGACGUCAUUUUCUCACAGUCUUAAUCUGAUGUAUUUCACCCACAGCCUGGUAUUUGGUUUUGGAGUAUGUUUUAUCUAUAACUGCAGUUAUCUAGUGAUUGCACAGUACUUUAAAGAAAACUUGUCCAUGGCAACGGGCAUUGUAGCGUUGGGGGCAAGUGUGGGUGUGCUAUUCACAGGUCCAUUGCUUCAAGUUCUUUUGGACUUAUUUGGAUGGAGAGGCACGUACAGAGUGGUGGCUGCAUGUUUCACUCUUGUCUGCAUUCUGAGUUUAACAUACAACCCCAACGUACAAAAAAUAACACAUACCAAACUUCUUAGCAGCAGUGAGGAUCGUGCCAGCGAUAAACGAAGUGGCAUUUCGCUCUACUGCAGCGUGUGGGCGUUUCCUACUUUUACUGCAUCCGUUAUGUCUUUCAUGUUUGGGAGUCUUGGGUUGUAUAUUCCAUACAUCUAUCUGGUUAGUUUUCUGCCUGUUUUUCCUAUAUUUGAACUCUAUUUUACGGCCACCUCGUUGUUGCGACAACCUCAUUAAGGCGACCACCUUUUUCUCGUCCCCUACAAAAGUCCAGUCACUCCCACUCUCAUAUAGCCCGUCGAAUGCCUACUCCUACUACUACUACUACUACUACUACUACUACUACCACUACCACUACCACUACCACUACCACUACCACUACCACUACCACUACCACUACCACUACCACUACCACUACCACUACCACUACCACUACCACUACCACUACCACUACUGUGAUGAGUCCAAUUCGGUCUGUAAUCAUACGAGUAAUUAACAACAUAGCGGGAGUCUGAUUUGUUUAAGACUACAGACUGAAUUAGACGACUCGAAGUUCUGUUACCAAUUAAUCAUAACUAUAACAAAUUGGCGAUAUUUUAAGCUUUUUUAAAACUUUUGCUAGCAGUGAAAAAAAGCCAUUUAAGUGCGCGCGUGCGAUGGCGCGUACUGUCCAAUUACAGACAUGACGCGUACCGCACUGUCAUACUAGUGCUGAAAUCAGGACAGUUGAUAGUCAAUCAGAUUUGAGAGUUUUGUUAUAGUUAUGAUUAACAUUUAAACUUAGCCAUUUUUAGGAGCCAAUUACCUUGCGUUAUUAAUUUUCAGUCACUUCAUUGGAAGCCCGGGGUGGUUACUACCAUAUAUUGUGUAUAUAUUUUAGCUGAUACAAUUUGGGUACCCAGUCUAAGGAUAACACUAAAAACACGAUGCCAAAAAGGCAAAAAUGUUACCCUAUUUAAGGAUCGAAGCCUCAAAAACCAUCCCCUAUCGGAUGGCACAUACCUGUCUAGUCCAUACAUGGCAGUUAAACUGCGAUUACCCCUGAAAUGGUCAUUCAUUCAUUUAGAUUUGUAUUCUUGCAGUCCAAAUCAUCUUCAUUAUAUAGACUAAAAGUGCUGAUUAUGUUCAUAGGUUAAGUAUUCCGAAGAUAACGGAAUAACCGCCCAGGCUGCGUCGCGCCUGUUUAUCUUUAUUGGCCUUGCUUCAUCCCUCGGAAGGAUCAUAACAGGAAAGUUGUGCAACAACAAGAAAGUAAAUCCGGUUUUUAUUCACCAAGCAUCCAUGCUCUUGGCUUCUCUAUCCGCCUUUUUGCUCCAGUUUGCCACCAAAUACGGGUACUUAAGAGGCAGUCUCCCUAAAAGCGUUCCACUCGAUUUUGGACUCGAAAAAACUUUUGCCUCAUAAUUUUACCAUCAACACUACUAUCCAUCCUGAUAACGAAAUUGCAGUUAGAAUGAGGAAAUUGUUUAUUUUACUGCCAUUCCCAGCAUUUCAUUGCUGGACGACCGUUAGCGGCUAAAAUAUGCAAAUUUUAGUCUCUGCUAUACAGGUUUUUUAACGAUCGUUCUAAAGUUCUUCGGGUCAUCAAAUCCUAGACUAUUGCACUCAUUUGGAAGCAUAUUACUUCUUCUUACUGUUCCAAUACCGUUUAGGCGUUAUCUUUCUGUAAUCAGCAAAAACUGGUCGUCUUUAUUUCGCUAAUCCAAUUAAGAAAGCAAACUGCACGAGAAAAUGCCUCAAAAACAUCUCAAAAUUCUCAAAAGUGGCACCUAAACUAGACCUAAAAACAUGGUUUAGUUAAAGAUUAAUAGCUAUUUUGUCAAGUUAUGCAAUAAAACUUGUGGCACAACGCGAUUCAGAAUUGAAGGUUUCAACUCAAAUUUAGGCAAAUGUUCAAUUUGCGUUGCGUGACGAUACCGGCUGCUGUCACAACAAAAUCCUCAGUUAUUGAAAUACUUGCCACUUUUAAGUAAGAUAUGCCUCACUUUCCCACCAAAACUAUAUUAAAAUUCCGUUUUUCCCUUUGCCAAUGAUACAUAUUGUUCAAAAAUUAGUUCAGCAAGUAAAAGAUACCUUUCCAAGCUUCAUUUAAUAUUCCCACUGCCCCGAACAUUCGUGUUAAGUCUGUUGUGUCAAGACGGAAAAAUACCUUUUCAGAACCAAACCUCUUCUAGCUUAAAAUGUGGUCCAGUCUGAAAAAGCUGCAUUGACCAGAAGUUACUCCGAUCCAUCAUAUUAUAAAAUCGAACGUUAGAAGAAAAGUAAAUUUCCCACUGCUUGAUUAAAUAUGCGUGAACAGGUCAGAAAAUGUUUGACUUGUACUUCGCCCCACGUAAGGGUAUCCGGAUUCCGGAAACUGGAAAAUUUUUGCUUGUAGGAUCCGGAAUCCGGGAAAAUUUUGAUAUGAAAUCCGGAAUCCAGGGCUUUGGAAUCCAGAAUAGAGCUCAAGCACCCUACUAAGGAAUGAAAUUCCACCGGAAAAGACUGGAAUCCAGCACCCGGAAUCCUGAAUCCAUGGAAUGGGAUCCAGAAUCCACGACUGUCUUGUAUUCGCUAACAAGGGGUGAUAGUACUGGACUGUGAACGACGACUUACAAUUUUCCCUUUAUUUACCUUCCACUGAUCAGGAGCCCAUAUUUGAAGACUUUGUUAAUGAAAUUUCAAUUAGUAGGUUUCUUCCAUUUCCUGACUGUUUCUUCCUAUUAACAGUGGUCAGCGUUUGUUUUCACGCUCCAAGAGACAGUCUGGAGUCUAAGGCUACUUUUGUAUCGCAGCCAGUUAAUAAAGAAGUUGGCACACGCAAAUAAUAAAGUUUCAACAUUAAUUUCGAAUCGUGCAACAUCAGUGAAAAUAACAAGAAAAUAAAGUGUGGAAGUUCACGCGUUUUUCCCAACUGAUAAAAGUACACGAUUGUCAGGACACCAUUACUUCUUACCAUGAAACCUGUCAUCCAUCGAAGUCUGAACUAAGUGAAGCCGACCCAAUACUCUCAAAAGAUGGUAAUCAUUGACCUUACGAAAAAUCAAGUGAAACAGAUGGUGAUCUGCUUCCCCAGGAGGACUCCCAUGCAAAAGUGACGUGGGUGCUCGUCGUUUGCAGAUUUUGGUCUCACUUCGGUUGUUUGGGACGGAAAGUACCUAAAUAUGCUCCUCCAGGUAUCGCUUAAGGCUGUGCAUAAAGAAAUUUGAAAAAAAAAAAAAAACGCGGUGACGCUGACCUCACAGAAAUCUCCUUUAGGGGUCAGUUUAAGCUUGAGCCACACCCACAUUGGCCUCCCUUAGGGGUUUAAAUAAUAAGUUAUUAAUUUUCCGACGAGAAGCCCUUCACUUUUAUAUGAAAGUCCUCCCGGGGAUUACGACAAAUAUCGGCAUAUAAACUCGGACGAUUUUGGCGGACACCUCGUAUAGAGGACCAAGAAAGGAAUAUUAGGACCAAGGACGGGCAUGUAAUUGGUGUGGAGAUUGCUAAGAUCGUAUACCAUCUAUUUUAAAGGAUGGGAUCACGUACGUAUAAAAUCAUAAAAUCAUUGCUAAUAUCCUUAUCACUAGUUCCUUUAUCUGUGAUAAGAUAACGACAAAAGGGCCAAUGGGUAUUGUCAUAAUCGUAACUUCAAGUUCAGACAAUGAUAAACUCAGUAGUGAGUGAUGAAGUUAUGGAGAAAAGUAGGAAGUGGCUUUAAGUCAAAUAUCCUGAUAUUAAUCAGUGUUGCAGUAUGGCAUAAAGUUACACAGUCAGCUGAUGCACUUAUCACAAGAUACACGCGUGAAACGGAAAGUGAUAAGCGCAUAUCUAAACCUAAUUUGGAGUCGGAGUUAAGAGGCAGUCUCCCUAAAAGCGUUCCACUCGAUUUUGGACUCGCAAAAACUUUUGCCUCAUAUUUUUAUCAUCAACACUACUAUCCAUCCUAAUAACGAAACUGCAGUUAGAAUGAGGAAAUUGUUUAUUUUACUGCCAUUCCCAGCAUUUCAUUGCUGGACGACCGUUAGCGGCUAAAAUAUGCAAAUUUUAGAUGCCGUUUUACAGGUUUUUUAACGAUCGUUUAAAAGUACUUCGGGUCAUCAAAUCCUAGACUAUUGCACUCAUUUGGAAGUAUAUUACUUCUUCUUACUGUUCCAAUACCAUUUAGGCAUUAUCUUUCUGUAAUCAGCAAAAACUGGUCGUCUUUAUUUCACUAACCCAAUUAAGAAAGCAAGAUGCACGAAUAAAUGCCUCAAAAACAUCUCAAAAUUCUCAAAAGUGGCACCUAAACUAGAACUAAAAACAUGUUUUAGUUAAAGAUUAAUAGCUAUUUUGUCAAGUUAUGCAAUAAAACUUGUGGCACAACGCGAUUCAGAAUUGAAGGAUUCGACCUAAAUUUGCAUAUUGAUGCCGAAUUCGCGUGGCGUGACACGGGCCGCAGUGACAGUAAAAAAAUUCUUCGUGAUCCUACAAAAGACAAUUUUUCUGUUUUAUUUUUUUCUUGUUUUUUUGUUUCUUUUUUUUUACUUUAUCAACAAGAAAAAUCGUAAAUAGGUUAAGCUUAUAGAAGUUUAAGUUUACUUUUCCACUGACCUUCGUAUCAAUAGUCUCGGCCGGCCGUCCUUUGUUCGACUCCCAGUAGUUGGCCUUCUUAUUAGUAGAGUGGGUCAGGAAAAAUACGCAUUUCUCUCUACCCCACCCCCUCGCCCUUUUCUUACUGGCAUCCCUCGGAGGGUCGCCUCCACAGUCUGAACGCCUAGAAGAGGCUAUUCGACAUACUCCAAUCGCGUUCUACCGAACAUUUUUCUUUUACAGAUAACAUUAACGAGAACAAUGUUUCUCCUGUCUAGUGACAGGUGGAAGUAUUUACAUUUUGCAGCGAGAAGGUCCUUCACACAUUCACCUUUACACUAUAUAUAUGGGACGAUGGUACACGGUAGUCCUUGAAGAAAAAUUAAGAAAAUAUAGACUGGAGUUCAAAGAAGUAAUAAUCACGUCUACGUCACAAUAAGUCUCGUACUUAUAAAUUCUUAUCAAGUAAAUUGUUAUUUGCCCUUAAAAAAAAAUGAAAUCAGCUGUGAAAUGUACAUUGAAUUAAGUUAGUGUCCGGACACCUUUAGGAAUUUGAUAUUAGUAUAAAUUCUAAGAUGUAUAAAUCUACCGGCCUUCGAUCACAAAUCUGAUUGUCUAUAUACAGUGCUAGUGCUAUGCUGGUAAUGCUGUACUCUAUCAAUUUCGUGAUGGACAGCGAGUGAAGUGACUGAGUAGCCAGGGGUAGCCAGACAGUGUUCGGUUGUAACCUUUUUUAUACCACCACCGAAUAAAACCGUUAGCCUGUCAAGUUGUUAAGCUUGUUAUAUUGUUAUAUUUGACUGUUUUAGGGAAAUUUGUACCAGAUCUUUGUUUACUCGCAUGCAAUCUCGCUCGUUUUUUGUUUUUGUAUUUUUUUCAUAAGAUUUGUGAAGUAUUUGCGGUCUUUAUAUUCUUUGUCAUAGCAUCUCGGUAUGCAGACAUAUAAAAGCAAUAAGAUCCUCUCUGAGUGGCUCAACAAAACUGUCCGCGGUAGGCUGGUGCAUCAAAUGAGCGCCGCACUGUAGUCGCAAAAACGAAAUGAUAAACGCGGUGGCGCUUAAUUUAGUAAAAUCGAUAUCAAUAUGAAUUUGGAUCCACACGGAGGGUCCAAAGGCCGAUUUUUAAAAAUGUGAUGCUAGAUCCUUCAGCUGUUGUUCAGAUGUAUGUAUUUUUACAUCAUUAACGUGGUAGAAUGCAAGCGUCUGUAAGAACAGGGUAAUAACCGCUAACAAGACGUGAGACGAGAAAAGACGUAAAAACAGUGUAGGGGUCUCGACCUGGAGAAAUGUUCAUGCUCGGGAAACCUUCGACAAUGCCGGAUUCAGACUUCACGUCAGUUCUCACCUCUACUGAUUGUUCGAAUUCAGAGGUUUUUGUCCACGUUGGGCUUCAAUAGAAAAUUCUGUCAGUGAAUUCUCCAUGGUACUAAACAAUUGUCAUGAGUACUCUCAGUAAUAUGCCUAAAGGUAGGUAAUCACGAUUUUGGCAAUUUAACUCCGACUCCAAAUUAGGUUUAGAUAUGCGCUUAUCACUUUCCGUUUCACGCGUGUAUCUUGUGAUAAGUGCAUCAGCUGACUGUGUAACUUUAUGCCAUACUGCAACACUGAUUAAUAUCAGGAUAUUUGACUUAAAGCCACUUCCUACUUUUCUCCAUAACUUCAUCACUCACUACUGAGUUUAUCAUUGUCUGAACUUGAAGUUACGAUUAUGACAAUACCCAUUGGCCCUUUUGUCGUUAUCUUAUCACAGAUAAAGGAACUAGUGAUAAGGAUAUUAGCAAUGAUUUUAUGAUUUUAUACGUACGUGAUCCCAUCCUUUAAAAUAGAUGGUAUACGAUCUUAGCAAUCUCCACACCAAUUACAUGCCCGUCCUUGGUCCUAAUAUUCCUUUCUUGGUCCUCUAUACGAGGUGUCCGCCAAAAUCGUCCGAGUUUAUAUGCCGAUAUUUGUCGGUAAUCCCCGGGAGGACUUUCAUAUAAAAGUGAAGGGCUUCUCGUCGGAAAAUUAAUAACUUAUUAUUUAAACCCCUAAGGGAGGCCAAUGUGGGUGUGGCUCAAGCUUAAACUGACCCCUAAAGGAGAUUUCUGUGAGGUCAGCGUCACCGCGUUUUUUUUUUUUGGCAAAUUUCUUUAUGCACAGCCUUAAGCGAUACCUGGAUGAGCAUAUUUAGGUACUUUCCGUCCCAAACAACCGAAGUGAGACCAAAAUCUGCAAACGACGAGCACCCACGUCACUUUUGCAUGGGAGUCCUCCUGGGGAAGCAGAUCACCAUCUGUUUCACUUGAUUUUUCGUAAGGUCAAUGAUUACCAUCUUUUGAGAGUAUUGGGUCGGCUUCACUUAGUUCAGACUUCGAUGGAUGACAGGUUUCAUGGUAAGAAGUAAUGGUGUCCUGACAAUCGUGUACUUUUAUCAGUUGGGAAAAACGCGUGAACUUCCACACUUUAUUUUCUUGUUAUUUUCACUGAUGUUGCACGAUUCGAAAUUAAUGUUGAAACUUUAUUAUUUGCGUGUGCCAACUUCUUUAUUAACUGGCUGCGAUACAAAAGUAGCCUUAGACUCCAGACUGUCUCUUGGAGCGUGAAAACAAACGCUGACCACUGUUAAUAGGAAGAAACAGUCAGGAAAUGGAAGAAACCUACUAAUUGAAAUUUCAUUAACAAAGUCUUCAAAUAUGGGCUCCUGAUCAGUGGAAGGUAAAUAAAGGGAAAAUUGUAAGUCGUCGUUCACAGUCCAGUACUAUCACCCCUUGUUAGCGAAUACAAGACAGUCGUGGAUUCUGGAUCCCAUUCCAUGGAUUCAGGAUUCCGGGUGCUGGAUUCAGUCUUUUCCGGUGGAAUUUCAUUCCUUAGUAGGGUGCUUGAGCUCUAUUCUGGAUUCCAAAGCCCUGGAUUCCGGAUUUCAUAUCAAAAUUUUCCCGGAUUCCGGAUCCUACAAGCAAAAAUUUUCCAGUUUCCGGAAUCCGGAUACCCUUACGUGGGGCGAAGUACAAGUCAAACAUUUUCUGACCUGUUCACGCAUAUUUAAUCAAGCAGUGGGAAAUUUACUUUUCUUCUAACGUUCGAUUUUAUAAUAUGAUGGAUCGGAGUAACUUCUGGUCAAUGCAGCUUUUUCAGACUGGACCACAUUUUAAGCUAGAAGAGGUUUGGUUCUGAAAAGGUAUUUUUCCGUCUUGACACAACAGACUUACACGAAUGUUCGGGGCAGUGGGAAUAUUAAAUGAAGCUUGAAAGGUAUCUUUUACUUGCUGAACUAAUUUUUGAACAAUAUGUAUCAUUGGCAAAGGGAAAACGGAAUUUUAAUAUAGUUUUGGUGGGAAAGUGAGGCAUAUCUUACUUAAAAGUGGCAAGUAUUUCAAUAACUGAGGAUUUUGUUGUGACAGCAGCCGGUAUCGUCACGCAACGCAAAUUGAACAUUUGCCUAAAUUUGAGUUGAAACCUUCAAUUCUGAAUCGCGUUGUGCCACAAGUUUUAUUGCAUAACUUGACAAAAUAGCUAUUAAUCUUUAACUAAACCAUGUUUUUAGGUCUAGUUUAGGUGCCACUUUUGAGAAUUUUGAGAUGUUUUUGAGGCAUUUUCUCGUGCAGUUUGCUUUCUUAAUUGGAUUAGCGAAAUAAAGACGACCAGUUUUUGCUGAUUACAGAAAGAUAACGCCUAAACGGUAUUGGAACAGUAAGAAGAAGUAAUAUGCUUCCAAAUGAGUGCAAUAGUCUAGGAUUUGAUGACCCGAAGAACUUUAGAACGAUCGUUAAAAAACCUGUAUAGCAGAGACUAAAAUUUGCAUAUUUUAGCCGCUAACGGUCGUCCAGCAAUGAAAUGCUGGGAAUGGCAGUAAAAUAAACAAUUUCCUCAUUCUAACUGCAAUUUCGUUAUCAGGAUGGAUAGUAGUGUUGAUGGUAAAAUUAUGAGGCAAAAGUUUUUUCGAGUCCAAAAUCGAGUGGAACGCUUUUAGGGAGACUGCCUCUUAAGAGUGAGUCUCCCUAAAACCGGUCCACUGCGUUUCGGGUCGGAAAAUCAAUUUCCUUUAAACUUUGCCCAUGAAUAUAUCUUAGUCCAAAAGUAAUUGAAACCGCAUUAGUGUUUGAAAAUAUUUCAAAAUAAAAUUUUUCGGGAGGAAAAUCACUUCAGCACUCGGCGGCCAAAUAUUUGCGGUGACAAAGAGUAAAAAUAGCGCAUAUUGCCGAGUUCACCACUUCAAAGUUUUGCACUUUCAACGAUUUUUUUCACUUCCUAGGACUAAAUUGGUCCUUAAAUGAUGUAAUGGACACAAUUUUGGCCCUUCAAAAACAACUCGUGUCUACUAAAUAUUUUUUGAUUUACACCCACUUUGCUGUACGCAGGAAAUGACUCAAAAAUGCAUAUUUUCAUCCUAGCACUGUGCAAAAUCCCCACAUCUUCUAAACAAAAUGUCUUUUCAGACCAACAAAGGGAAUGUCCAAAAACAUAGAAACAUAAAAAUAUGUUGUGAUUUUAACGAUUUAUCACCACAGUCGAUCGACGAAAUAUGCCUAUUUUCUGUUAUGACUGUUUACAAUACACGAUGCAAGGUCUUAAUGCAAAACCCGAAUAACACAAGAAUUCAUCAAAUGUAUCAAGUAUUUUAAACUUUUUGUGACUUUUGACACAAUAGAACAUCAUGCAGGAAAGGAAAGCCUUUAAGCCGAACGCAUUAAUACUACAGGUGUACCUGUUUACAGCGCUUGAUCCGAUCGACUCGUCUUCGCUGUGUACACAAAACUGAUAUCACAUGAUGGCGCCUGUCACGCAUUCCUAUAUCUGGAAUCGUUACGCCGCGAAAACACUUUUUGCUAGUCUGACUAAAAUUGAAAGGCAGGAAAUUAUCUUAUCAAUAGAGUAGUCUAUUAUAUUUAUUGCUGUUUUCGUUGACAAGCUACAAAAUCAAGAAUCAUGCAUGCAUAAGAACCUAUAGUGCGUAAACAACCCGGGGGGGGGAGUUUGCUGGGUAUGUAUGUAUGUAUGUACGUGCCGCUGCCCUCUCAGAGCCCCUACCCCAUUAUAGUCUAUUCUGUGGCCAAUCAAUUAUAGACCCCAUCUUAGCCACUUUUGGGCAAAUAUGUAAUUUUUCGCGAUCCCAAAUUAGGCACUCUCUAUUUUUAUGAAUUGACCCAUUUUUUAGAAUAAAGCACACUUCACCUUUCAUCUACAGUUCAAACAUUCUGGUACGUUUACUAACCGUAAAUAUGAAGAACUGUCUUACCUCAAAAAAUCCGAAAAUGUGCCACCCCAUUCUAGUAACUCUAUUGAAAAUGCGACCCCAUUAUAGUUAAUCCAGUCGUGAAAAUACGACCCCAUCAAGCGGCACAUCCCUAGUAGCCUCUUAUAAGGAAGUACCCCCCGGGAUUAACAAUAGUCUAGUGGCCUGCAAGCAAAUACCCCCCUUGCUAUUAUUCUAGAACAAAUACUGUAUCUGUAUCAUUAUCGUCCCCAGGCUAAACCCGGUACAUCUGAAACCAAGAUAGCCACCUGUUAGAGAAUGUGCUUGAUCCCGACGAAUUUACGGAAAAUUUAAGGACUUAGUAAAGAAUUUAAGGACUGUGAAGUGGCAUGGUGGUUUACCUCGUUUAGCGCUUUCGAUUUCUUUCAAACUCGCUAAUUUAUAGAUUUAGACAGGGCUAAAAGAGCAGCUCUUGUUGAUAUGCUUGAAGUUGUACUCCAGCAAAAAAGAAAAUGGUGUGAUGCUAACCUGCAACGGCAACGAGAAUUGCAAAAACAAAACAACAACAACAACACCAAUAUGUCUAAUUAGCGAACUUACCUUUCCGCCCUAUCGGAGGGGGUGGGGUAUACAACAAAGUGUUAUACUGGGAGACUCCAGCCUGAUCGUCCAACCCACCUUUUGUAUACCAUUUUUGAGCUGAAGAGGUGCCCCUUGAGGGGCAGAGGGCUGGCAACGCAGAUCGCACACGAAUGUUUACCAAAGCCGAGUGGUUCAAAAGUAAAAAUUUAACGAUUUUUUUCGCAAUAUUUUUAUAGCAAAAUCAUUUGAAAAAAAAAUAAAAGACUAUACAUACUAAGCGGACGAUGAGGAACCUGGAGAAAGAAAUGGCAGCGAAGCUGUGGAAACAAUUGCUGCCAAACGUCCUCUGAUGUAUGUGCGAGAUGGCUCACAGAAAUCACUCUUUUUCUUUCAAAAGCAAUUUGCUUGGGAUUUCAUUUGGCAAAAGAACCUGGAAAUCUGAUCUUCUUCAAAAGAUAACUAAAAUGGUUGUAGAGUGCUCUUGUGUAGUGAAAAAGAUUGUUGGAAAAGACGCGAGAAGAAGUUAAAACGACUCUACCUCGGUGAGUUUGUACCCUGCCUAUUAUUACUCAUUUUUCUUCCGCGGGCUCACUGUGAAUUCACAACCUUUCAGGAAAAUCGCUAGCUUAAUAUGUGCAUUUCGGCAAUAACGGGACAAGAAUUUGAAAAUAUGGCACUAUUAAUAAUUAACCACUUUCCGUAAUAGAGAAUGAGUAUUAGCGAAGCUCUCGCGCGCGCGAAAAAAAAAAAAUGGUAACCUGUAAGAUGCGAGAAAAUGUCGUAAUCACGUGAUCGUGCGUUCGACUGUUUCCCCCUACUACCAUUACACUGACACCGAUAACAGAGAAAGAGCUAGAGCGAAACUGACAAAACAAAACAAAAAGAAAAAAAAGAAAGCAGACGAAGUUCAUCGCGGAAGAAAAAAACAUAAAAAAAAAUUCAAAGCUGCGAUGAGAAAAUGACAAACGUUAGCGGCCAGCAAGGUUAAAAUGAGCGGCAGUGAAACAAAAAUGGAACGUGGGAACAUAUACGAUUUUUUCUCCAUAAAACGUGCAACUAGGACGUUUCACGUACUUUGAAGUCGUCCAAAACAAUGGCAAAGAAAUGUACAAAAAAAUGUGCUGCACGUGCAAACUUUUUUUUUCGCUCUUAAGCCCUAUUGAUUUUUUAUUGCAUUUCUCGUUGCCGUCACCGGUUACCAUUACACGAUUUUUAUUAAUUUUUUUUUUUUCUGGGGUACAACUUUUAGUAUAUUAACGAGUCAGAGCGGCGCUUUUAGCCCUGGCUAAAACUACUAGUCGGAAACGGAAGGAAUAGAGUCCAAAUCGAAAGCCCUAAACGAGGUAAACCAGCACGCCAGUUUUAAAUGCAGGGUAACCUAAUUUCAAAGAUACAGUAUUUGUUCUAGGAUAAUAGCAAGGGGGAUGUUUGCUUGCGGGCCACUAGACUGUUCACUGUCCAUUAUCUUUCCGUAAAAUCGUCCAGAUGUGCGGGCCUUCUUGGGUCCGCUGCCCCAAGAGUAGAUUUCAUAGUCAUCCCCAGGCUAAACCCGGUACAUUUUAAAACCACGAAGGCCAUCUGUUAGAGAAUGUGCUUGAUACCGACGAUUUACGGAAAAAUAGAGGACUGUGAACAGUCUAGCGGACCUCCUGCUAGCAAGCACACUCCACCCCUAUUCCUAACCCCACCCUGAGUCAGGGAGCUUGAUAAGACCUGAGAACAGGUACUCGUCGGUUUAAUACCACGGGCUACCAGAAAUAUGAAAUAUAUUUAAAAAAAUAAUAAAUAAAAACAUUAUCGACAAACAUAAAACAAAACAAACUGAAAGCUCAUAGCGACGACCAAUUGUUUUAUAAAUCCUAACCUGAAUGGAUAGGAGCCUGUUCCUGGAAAACUAAAAUGUUGCUGUUGUUAAUGCACUGGGCACUUAUGCAUGCAUGAUUCUUGAUAUUGUAGCUUGUCAACGAAAACAGCAAUAAAUAUAAUAGAAUACUCUAUUGAUAAGAUAAUUUCCUGCCUGUCAGUUUUAGUCAGACUAGCAAAAAGUGUUUUCGCGGCGUAACGAUUCCAGAUAUAGGAAUGCGUGACAGGCGCCAUCAUGUGAUAUCAGUUUCGUGUACACAGCGAAGACGAGUCGAUCGGAUCAAGCGCUGUAAACAGGUACACCUGUAGUAUUAAUGCGUUCGGCUUAAAGGCUUUCCUUUCCUGCAUGAUGUUCUAUUAUGUCAAAAGUCACAAAAAGUUUAAAAUACUUGAUACAUUUGAUGAAUUCUUGUGUUAUUCGGGCUUUGCAUUAAGACCUUGCAUCGUGUAUUGUAAACAGUCAUAACAGAAAAUAGGCAUAUUUCGUCGAUCAGCUGUGCUGAUAAAUCGUUAAAAUAACAACAUAUUUUUAUGUUUCUAUGUUUUUGGACAUUCCCUUUGUUGGUCUGAAAAGACAUUUUGUUUAGAAGAUGUGGGGAUUUUGCACAGUGCUAGGAUGAAAAUAUGCAUUUUUGAGUCAUUUCCUGCGUACGGCACGGUGGGUGUAAAUCAAAAAAUAUUUAGUAGACACGAGUUGUUUUUGAAAGACCAAAAUUGUGUCCAUUACAUCAUUUAAGGACCAAUUUAGUCCUAGGAAGUGAAAAAAAUCGUUGAAAGUGCAAAACUUUGAAGUGGUGAACUCGGCAAUUUGGGCUAUUUUCACUCUUUGUCACUGCGAAAAUUUGGCCGCCGAGUGCUGAAGUGAUUUUCCUCCCGAAAAAUUUUAUUUUGAAAUAUUUUCAAAAACUAAUGCGGUUUCAAUUACUUUUGGACUAAGAUAUAUUCAUGGGCAAAGUUUAAAGGAAAUUGAUUUUCCGACCCGAAAGGCAGUGGACCGGUUUUAGGGAGACUCCCUCUUAAAUUGCCAAAAUCGUGAUUACCUACCUUUAGGCAUAUUACUGAGAGUACUCAUGACAAUUGUUUAGUACCAUGGAGAAUUCACUGACAGAAUUUUCUAUUGAAGCCCAACGUGGACAAAAACCUCUGAAUUCGAACAAUCAGUAGAGGUGAGAACUGACGUGAAGUCUGAAUCCGGCAUUGUCGAAGGUUUCCCGAGCAUGAACAUUUCUCCAGGUCGAGACCCCUACACUGUUUUUACGUCUUUUCUCGUCUCACGUCUUGUUAGCGGUUAUUACCCUGUUCUUACAGACGCUUGCAUUCUACCGCGUUAAUGAUGUAAAAAUACAUACAUCUGAACAACAGCUGAAGGAUCUAGGAUCACAUUUUUAAAAAUCGGCCUUUGGACCCUCCGUGUGGAUCCAAAUUCAUAUUGAUAUCGAUUUUACUAAAUUAAGCGCCACCGCGUUUAUCAUUUCGUUUUUGCGACUACAGUGCGGCGCUCAUUUGAUGCACCAGCCUACCGCGGACAGUUUUGUUGAGCCACUCAGAGAGGAUCUUAUUGCUUUUAUAUGUCUGCAUACCGAGAUGCUAUGACAAAGAAUAUAAAGACCGCAAAUACUUCACAAAUCUUAUGAAAAAAUACAAAAACAAAAAACGAGCGAGAUUGCAUGCGAGUAAACAAAGAUCUGGUACAAAUUUCCCUAAAACAGUCAAAUAUAACAAUAUAACAAGCUUAACAACUUGACAGGCUAACGGUUUUAUUCGGUGGUGGUAUAAAAAAGGUUACAACCGAACACUGUCUGGCUACCCCUGGCUACUCAGUCACUUCACUCGCUGUCCAUCACGAAAUUGAUAGAGUACAGCAUUACCAGCAUAGCACUAGCACUGUAUAUAGACAAUCAGAUUUGUGAUCGAAGGCCGGUAGAUUUAUACAUCUUAGAAUUUAUACUAAUAUCAAAUUCCUAAAGGUGUCCGGACACUAACUUAAUUCAAUGUACAUUUCACAGCUGAUUUCAUUUUUUUAAGGGCAAAAAACAAUUUACUUGAUAAGAAUUUAUAAGUACGAGACCUAUUGUGGCGUAGACGUAAUUAACGGAUUGUUGAUUUUACUUCUUUGAACUCCAGUCCACAUUUUCUUAAUUUUUCUUUAAGGACUACCGUGUACCAUCGUCCCAUAUAGUGUAAAGGUGAAUGUGUGAAGGACAUUCUAGCUACAAAAUGUAAAUUCUUCCACCUGUCACAAGACAGGAGAAGCAUUGUUCUCGUUAAUGUUAUCUGUAAAACAAAAAUGUUCGUUAGAACGCGAUUGAAGUAUGUCGAAUAGCCUCUUCCAGACGUUCAGACUGUGGGGGCGACCCUCCAAGGGAUGCCAGUAAGAAAAGGGCGAAGGGGUGGGGUAGAGAGAAAUGCGUAUUUUUCCUGACCCACUCUACUAAUAAGAAGGCCAACUACUGGGAGUCGAACAAAGGACGGCCGGCCGAGACUAUUGAUACGAAGGUCAGUGGAAAAGUAAACUUAAACUUCUAUAAGCUUAACCUAUUUACGAUUUUUCUUGUUGAUAAAGUAAAAAAAAAAGAACAAAAAAAAAACAAGAAAAAAAAUAAAACAGAAAAAUUGUCUUUUGUAGGAUCACGAAGAAUUUUUUUUACUGUCACUGCGGCCCGUGUCACGCCACGCGAAUUCGGCAUCAAUAUGCAAAUUUAGGUCGAAUCCUUCAAUUCUGAAUCGCGUUGUGCCACAAGUUUUAUUGCAUAACUUGACAAAAUAGCUAUUAAUCUUUAACUAAAACAUGUUUUUAGUUCUAGUUUAGGUGCCACUUUUGAGAAUUUUGAGAUGUUUUUUGAGGCAUUUAUUCGUGCAUCUUGCUUUCUUAAUUGGGUUAGUGAAAUAAAGACGACCAGUUUUUGCUGAUUACAGAAAGAUAAUGCCUAAAUGGUAUUGGAACAGUAAGAAGAAGUAAUAUACUUCCAAAUGAGUGCAAUAGUCUAGGAUUUGAUGACCCGAAGUACUUUUAAACGAUCGUUAAAAAACCUGUAAAACGGCAUCUAAAAUUUGCAUAUUUUAGCCGCUAACGGUCGUCCAGCAAUGAAAUGCUGGGAAUGGCAGUAAAAUAAACAAUUUCCUCAUUCUAACUGCAGUUUCGUUAUUAGGAUGGAUAGUAGUGUUGAUGAUAAAAAUAUGAGGCAAAAGUUUUUGCGAGUCCAAAAUCGAGUGGAACGCUUUUAGGGAGACUGCCUCUUAAUUGUCUUCAGUGCUGUGUAUGGCUUCAGUGAUGGAGUUUUUAUAGCAAGUCAGUGUUUUAUUCUUUUGAGCUGUGUGGAUGCAAAAAGAACAACAGCGUCCUUCUGUAUCAAUAACGUUCUUUAUUCAUUUACUGCGGCCGCCGGUGGGCCCAUUGCAGGUGAGUUGGGUCCUAUUCCUUUUAUAUGAAAAUAAGUUUCUAUUCUAGUUACUGUAAUGCAAAUCGUGAAACUCAAUGGUUGUGUUCCAGACCGCCGUUUUAGCAAGGCUUCAAGCCACUAGGAAAUAGAUGCCUAGACUUUCAAAAAAGUCCUUUGUCGGAUUUCAUAUGGCGCGGGACGACUUCUCGCAACUUCGCCGUUCGCGGUUGGUCGCUUCGCAGCCAAACAAGGCUCGCUCCACCCGCCAAGAGGUCGACUUGUAGCAAGUCUAAUAGAUCCCUUGAGCUAGUAUGGUUCGUUUUACCAUUUUAGACCACAAAAUGCAUGCUUUAAAGGUAAUUUUUUAUUCCAAGUAUGUGCACAUAAAUUGUACAUAAAUUUUUAGACUAGUUUGUACAUAGUUAUAUAUAGAGAGUUUUUCGCAUUUUUAUAGAAAUGUUUUUUGUUAUUAUUUCAAUUAGUAUUUAUUUUUUUGGAAUUUAUUUAUUCUUUGUUUUAAGUAAUUGUAACGCAAUUCAGUCUACGGACUGCCAUGUUCGACAUUUUAAUAAACUAUCUAUCUAUCUAUCUAAUUUCCUUUUUGUCGUUUUAUGAAUUCUGCAUACAUCCAUUUAACAAUUAUUCGCCGGAGGCGAAGUUAAUAUUGUUGAAUAAUCCCCGAGACGAAGUCGAGGGGAUUAUUCAACAAUAUUAACUGAGCCUGAGGUGAAUAAUUGCUUUAGUAUAUUCACACGAAGUGAUCUCAACAGAAUCAGAAAGGAAACCAUUAAAAACGAUUAGUUUGAUUGACGGGUGAAUUCAUGCGUGAACACGAAGCCGUAAACAGUGGAUGCGCAAAAGUUAGAUCUUUACAGUAUCUUCAAACAUGGCAAAUGAUAGUUUUAAUCUUUUUGUAUCGAGUUUUGUAAGUUUUAUCACCAACGGUUUAAAAGAAAACGCGGAGAAUUUAAAUUACUACCCAAUUCUGAGAAGAAAAGUAGAGCUUUAUUAGUUUCUGUCAACUCACCGUGAAUGAGAAAGUUUUCUUUGUGGCUUCUUGCAAAUGCUGUCAACGGCAACGAUCAAGGUGAGCGUUGUUUAUCUCCAAUGUUCUUUGCCUUGUUAACUUGCUGGCACGUACAAUUUUCGAAAAUAUUUGCCUUCCUCUUUUCUCCAUUAAUUAACUUCUAUUUAUAGGCAAAAUUGGACUUGCGGGAAAAUCCCGAAAUCACAAAACAGUGACAAAGCGACCUCGUUUUCCUCUGUAGUGGUAAACAAAGCUUCGAGCGCACAAAAUGUCAGCUACAGUAAACCACUUCACAAUAAAUCGCGCUGUUUAAACACCAUGAAGUCCUUUAUUGCCUUCAAAGUCAUCAGCACUUGGAUAUUCGUGUAUUUUCAAAAAGGCUUUACUAUGAAACUUUGGCAAAACACCCAGUUCACGACAGCGAUUUUAUUCUGCUUUAUAUUCACCGCCUAGCGCGGUGAAUAUAACGUCAUAGUCCGAGAUAGCUAACCAAUCAGAUUGCUUGAAUUACCAUGAUCACUGAGUGUGUAUAUACUAAACCUGCAUAAGACGACCUAAAAUAGUUCUUUAGGGUAAUAUCAUAUGGUCUGAAAUGGAUUGAAAGCAAACUAUACAAGCUAAUUAACAAUUAUUCCUCUCGCCCGAAUGGGCUCUGAGUCAAUAGCCCAUUCGGCCUUCGGCCUCAUAGGCUAUUCGGACUCAGAGGCCAUUUGGGCGAGAGGAAUAAUUGUUUUAGUAAAAUCCGACUAGUUGGUCAAAAAUAUCGAGAAUAAAAAAAUGUUAGCUAGUUAAAGCUACACUUUAAUCCUUUUUUGCCGCCAAAAAGCCCGCGCUUUUCGCUUCUAGUGGGCUAUAACAUAUAGCCUAGUAGUAGCUCAACCAAUCAGAACGAAGCAUUGAUAAUAGACCACUAGUUGGAUUUUAAUAAAAAGUUAUAUUUACUGUUGAGGUACGUUAUUUUCUAUCAACCAGGUACUUCCAUAUCCUUGGUACUCACUACCUAGGCCUGGUUGUCAGGGAAGAAAAACUUAGUAUAACUAUUUUUGCCUUUCUCCCCCUCAGGCUUGAUAGCAGACCAAACAGGAAGCUAUGUUUAUUCAUUUUACAUGACUGGUGCUGUUCUUCUGAUUGCAUUUCUUAUCCCGAUGGUUUUAAUUCCUAUAAGUCAUACUAAGGCCAGAGUUCGUUAUCAAGGGUACAGCAAAGAACAAGACACGGGCGAGGCCAAGGCAUAAUGAAAAUGAUCUGAAUCUGAGCAAUAUCAAUCAAACCAGUCCACGUACAGGCUACUACAAAAGGUAUCACCAGCGUUAUCAUUAAAUCCCUUAAAGGCUUUCGUUAUCAGUAGUUGCAAUAGUUAAGUCAAGAGAUUAAUCUACAAGCACGGACUAGGAGGGAUUGUAUCAGUAUUAGCUUCUAUUCUUAAUAUUCCUAGAUAGGUUUCGAAAGACAGGUUAUUAUAUUGCAAGCAUGGGCGACCUGUGAUUACCCCAAAGGAAGUAUUUUGCUCUUUCCUUCCGGCAGACUAAAUGCCGAUUGUUAUAAUUUCAUAGUCGGAUCCUAUUAAUCAAUGCUCUCAAAGACCAAAUCUACAGAAGAAUUCAAAGACUCACUGGAAUAAAAGAUUCAGAUUCAAAUUUUGGUCUUUCUAAUAUCUGAGUUAAAGGAGGUCUGGGAAAAGUAGUUCUUAGAUUUGAAUAUAUGAUUCUUUUACCAUAAAAGUUAUAAUCAUAUGUGGCCAGAGCAUCCUUCUAAAAAUAUACCCAAAAAAUUGUUAAUUAAACGAGACUUACCUGUAAGUCGUGGUUUGAUUGAGAUUCUACCGUAGCAUUUGCAGGAAUGAGGAGGUCACGUGAGAUAGCAAGUAUGCGAUAUCCGAGCUCAGUCUUAAAAGCGGUUUUGUGGGGCUUUGACAAAGCAGGAAUGAGAGGUCACCAACAAUAGGGAUGGGGUAGGGCGGGAUGUGACCUCCUCAUUCCUGCAAAUGCUACGGUAGAAUCUCAAUCAAACCACGACUUACAGGUAAGUCUCGUUUAAUUAACAAUUCUACCUCGCAUUUGCAUACAAUCGGAGGUCACGUGAGACUUUAAAGCUCAAAGCCACAGAAAACUCAGACAACAAAAAGUGGUGAAUGAACACAACAUAAUGUGUAUUUGUAAUAGGCCUCUUACAUGAUAGUAGUAAAUACUGCAACAACAACUGAUAUCGAUAUAAGGCAUUGUUUGAAUAUGCACUGGCUCAAAGAAGGGAGUUAUUUGAGAUUACAAUAUAUUAUUUCUUAUCUCCCAGAAUUGCUGCAGCAAAGUUGUUUGCAGUGAGGACAGGGCGAUCAUAGAAUUUGGCAAAAGUAGAAUCAGAACGCCAUCCAGCAGUGUUCAUUAUAACCUGAACAGGAACAUUCAAUGCUUUAGCUGCUGAAGUAGAGGCACCCCUAGUGCUGUGGGGUUUGAAAACCGUAGUAUCAAUUCCCGCAUCCUUCAUGGUUUGUUUUAUCCAACGUGAUAUUGUGUCCCUUGAAGCUGGUCCAUGAGGCUCAGCAUGGCAAAGAAGCAACUGCUUUGUCUCUUUCCUGAGAGGAGCGGUUCUUUUAACAUAAGCUGAAAGUAGCUCCACAAUACACAGUCGUUUGUCCAGGGGGUAACUAUGAAAAGUAACAGGUAGUAAAUGUCUGUUCUGGCCCCCUUUGGCAGUUGUUUGUUUUAAAACAGAAGAGAUGCGAAAGACAUACUUUCCAGGUAGGGUACUCAUUUCUUCCAAGGACAAGGACUGUAAAGUCUGAACUCUCUGUGCAGACAAUAGGGCCAUAAGCAUGACCAGUUUCAGGGUAAGCUGUUUCAGUGACAUAUCAUCAAUAGCUGGAAAUGUCUUAAGGUGGUUAAGCACUAUUUGGGGGUCCCAAGUCUCAGAGUAGCGUGGAAGGGCUGGCUUUUGAUUAAACAGGCCAGUCAUAAACCUUGACACCAAGGAGUGGUCACCCACUUUUACACCAUCAACUUUAAUGAAACUUGACAGUGCACUUUGGGCAGUUGCAACCGCACUAUAUCCCACACGUUUAGAUUGCAGAGUAAGGAAAUCAAGGACUUGCUGCAGCUUGGGAUUGACUUGGCUGAUGUUACAAUCAGAGCAGUACUUUAACCAGGCUGUAAUAUAUGUGCAGUAUUGUUUGCGGGUUCCAUCUCGCCAUGACGCCACGAUGAUGUCCUGAGGUUCCCCCGUUAUGCCUUGAGCAGCUAAGGAUGCCCUGAUAAGAGACAUCCAUGAAGUUGAAGUUUGGGAUAUAAUGGGUGGACUUGUUCUGGUUGAUGUGGGAGAAUAAUGGUUUUGCGGUGCAUUUUGAUUGAUAUUGGAGGAGAUUUCAUCAACUGUAGGAGCUGUGGGUACCACACCUGGGUUGGCCAGUAUGGGUACACAAGUAUGGCUGUUGUUCUGCUUUCUUGGAUAAACUGAAGGACUUUGCCUAUGAGGCUGAAAGGAGGAAAACAAUAGAUAAGUUUAUAUCUGGACCAAUCCAGAGUGAAUGCAUCAAUAGCUGCUGCACCUGGAUCUGGUUUCCAGGCUACAUAUGGAGACACUUUGUGGUUCAGCCUUGAUGCAAACAUGUCUAUUUCAGGAUCGCCCCAUUUAAGUUUAAGUUCAUCAAAAAUGGUAGGGUCUAGGGACCAUUCUGUAUUACUGUUGUGUGAUUCUCUGCUAGCUCUAUCAGCUUCUGUAUUUAAUUUCCUGGUAUGUGGGAGAUUGAUAGUGCCAGCUGCCUCUGCAUGCACCAGAUGAGAAUUUCCCUAGUUAUAUCAUUGCAGUUCCUAGAUUUAGAGCCACCCAUACUGCGGAUGUACGAGACUGCAGUUGUAUUGUCACAAAGCACUUUGAUGGUACAAUUUGUAAGGUGACUGCAGAGUGACUGCAGUCCCAGAAGGAUGGCUUUUAACUCUAGGAAAUUAAUAUGAAGUUGGGGUUCCUGGAAUGACCAUCUACCACUUGCAACACUUGAGGUACCCUCUAUCACUGCCCCCCAGCCCGUAAGUGAGCUGUCGGUUGUCAGGGUUAGAUGUGGGAUUUGUGGUGUGAUGGUUGGUGGAUAUUGGUCAACAUUAUUUAUCCACCAAAGGAGGUCUUGUUUGCACAGGGGUGAGAGUGUUACUUUCCCCUCAAGAUCCCAGCCAUUUGCUUGCAGUGCAUCAGUUUUGAUAUUCUCGAGAGAUCUAUAAAAUAAUGGCCCAUAGUACACUCCUGCAAAUGAGGAUACCAUCAAACCCACAACUGAGGCCACCUCUCGGAUUUGGGCAGGACUUUGUAUCUGCACAAGGCUGUGACACUUAGAUCGUACAAUAUCAGCCUUCUCUGGGAUCAUGGAGAUGGUCAUAUUCUUAGAAUUCAAUAUGAAUCCCAAAAAUUUGGCUAUCUGAGAGGGUGUCGUGACAGAUUUAGUAUCAUGGAUUGUGAAGCCAAGUGCCCUGAGUAGGGCAACCGUGUCAGCAACUACUUGCGAUAGCUGCUCUGGUGUUUCUGCCAUUAGUAAUAUGUCGUCUAUGUAACCCACUAUUAGGUAUCCUUUGGAUCUCAGUGUUGCAUAGACGGGUUUCAUAAGCUUGGUGAAGACCCUAGGGGCCGAGGCCAGGCCAUUUGGCAAGCAAUUAAACUCGUAAAGGGUUCCGUUAAAUUCAAACCUUAGGUAUUUUCUGUGCUGGAGAUUUAUCGGUACAGAGUAAUAAGCAUCCUUGAGGUCUAGAACUGCCAUCCAAUAGUCCUUUUUAAGUAGUUGGGCAGCUGAUUGGAGGGAUUCCAUUUUAAAAUGCUGGUAAGUAACAAACUCAUUAAGAUUUUUGAGGUUCAGGAGAGUCUAUGAGACCCAUCUUUCUUUGGUCUUGUGAAGACCGAAGAGAUGAAUUCUCCAUUGCAGUGUGUUGUCUUGCUCAAAACACCUUUAUCAAGAAGGUUUUGAACCUCUACUGCAAUAAUGUGUUCAUCACCUUUAGAAAAUUUUAUAUAGGGCACAUAUGUUUGGUAUGGUAACCGUUCAAAAUCGAUAAGAUAGCCCGAUACAAUCUCAAGGAUGCUUGGGUCUGAGGUAAUAGACCUCCACUCAGAAAAGUGAUGAGCUAUGUUACCAGCAACAAAAUUUUGUACAGCAGAAUUUACCGUGUUAAGACCAUGAGCUACUGUGAUGACCUCUUGUUUGGGUUCAUCUUUGAGUCUCCUUGUGACGCCAAGGUCUGAAUGUUUGGCCUUUGAGUUUUUUGGAUUCCGUUGAGAAAAAGUGUGUCUGUUUGUAUUGCUGCUGUUGUAACCAGAAGGAUUCCUCUGAGAUCCUCUAUGGUUUUGUACCUUUGCACCAAUCUUGUUUACAUCACCUAUGUCCUUCAACUGCUUUUGGAGGUCGUCACCAAAAAGCAGGUCUGUGAAUGGUACAUGAGGUGAGCAAAGGGCGGCGUAGUCUUUGCCAAUGUCAGGUUUCAUGAGCUGUUUUCUCUGCAUGUUUAGUUCAUAGUUUACAUGCGUUAGUAGUGACAGGGCAUCAAGCCCAAAUUGCUUGAUCAGCUGCAUGCCCUCUUUGUCUAACCCAUGCUUUUCUGACAUGGUCAGGUCUGUCAACCGGGCGACCGGGAUUAUACCCUUAACGAGGGCUUGCUGCAUCUUGUACAGUUGUAAGUCCCUCUUUUGCGUGUGCUCACGAAGUUUUCGCCAAAUACCCGGGUUGACACGUGUGGGUUUUACAGUUUCACAGUUUUCCGGUCGAGCUUGUCGCUCGAGCUUCUCUUUAAGGACUUUGUCUGGCAAACGAUUGCGAAACAUCUUGCCAAGGAGCUUGGCAAAUUGUGGGUUUUGAAUGUUCUUCCCGAUAGAGUCUUCAGACUCGUACUCUUUCUGUAGUUCUGUAAGCGUUUCAUCUUCGUCCCCGUUACCGAGAUCGUCAACAUCGCCGGCAACCUUAGCCAUGAGUGUUUGAACAUCCUCGUUAUCCGAGGUAUUUUGCUCGCUCGAGGAGCUCGAGCAUUCUUUGGCGGGCUUUUUGGCGGGAACGGCAUUUUGGUGUUCCUGGCUCGGUCGUUUGCCAGGGCCUUUACCCGUCGUAGAAGGCUUGUCCUCCAAUUUAUCGAGUCUUUUUGACACAUUUAAUAUUGCCAGGGAAAGACUCUUAAAGUCGGCAGCGGACAGCGAAACGUUCGCGCCGCUUGUGCCAGGCUCGGCCGCCAUAUUUUUAUCUUCUCCAGAGUCUUUGAGUAAUUCUCCUUCGUCCAGAACUUCAUCCGAUAGCGGGUCGUCGUUGAGCGCCUCGUGUUCGCCUAUCUGCGACAUCAGGAACGGUCGGUCAGAAUAACGUCGGAAACGCAGUAAAAAUCCUAAAAGAACCUCUCUCUAUAAGUUACACAACUGACUCGCUCGGACACCAAACUUGCACUGAGCUCGGAUAUCGCAUACUUGCUAUCUCACGUGACCUCCGAUUGUAUGCAAAUGCGAGGUAGAAAUGCCUUUGUGUGCUGUAAGCUAACACAAGGUAUUUGGCCGAGCCAGUCAAGUCUGAGGCUUGACCUACCACUUUUAAAGAGCUUAAGCAACGACGACGGUGAGGGCUCGCGCUGCCUCAAACUUUAUCGCACUCAGUUCCAUCUCCUUGCGACUUCACUUUUUCAGUGAAGUUUCCGUAGCCGUCACCGUUGUCUUUGCUUAGCUCUUUAUUAAGGAUGCCAAAAAUCAUAGAAAUCGGUUAAAUCAUUUCUGCCGAAGAACGCGAUUCAAAAACAAAACAAACGCGCAAAUAAAUAAGUUCGGGCCACGUUAAUUCGUCAAAUAUUGGCAAAUUUCUUGGAAGUUGAAUUCUAAAGGAUUGUGUCAAAGUUCGGGGAGAGAAAGAGGAAAAGCAAACGGCUGUUGUUUUGUGUUCCCGUCGUCGACAAAACGUGAAAUCAGGCACUUUCUCGUUGUAGUCGGGCGACGGCUAAGAAAUGUAGAAGAAAGCAUGACGCACAUGCCGAAGUUGUUGUUUUGCCAAUCUAAGGGCCUGUUUACAUGGAGUGGGGGACCCCGGUCUAGUGGGGUUGGUUUCUUUUGUUUUCACGCUCUGGGGGACACAAAACAAAAGAAACCUACCCCACUAGACCGGGGUCCCCCACUCCAUGUAAACAGGCCCUAAACCUAUAACUGCUUUUUUGCUGUUCUCGUUGCCGUCGCCGUCGUCGCUGCUUAAGCUCCCUAUUUGUCAGAAAUUACUCGCCCCAUGUCAGGGAAUGCAAGACAGUCUUGGAUCCUAGAUUCCACUCAGACGAUUUCCGAUUCCAGAUUCCAGGGACUGGAUUCCUGAAUUCUGGAUUCCAAACUUACACUGUAAGUAAAGUGGAGGAUACUCAUGUUGACACAUCUGCUUUAAUGAAUAAACUAAGCAAGAUGACAAGAAAUGUAAAAUAAGUUUGCAAAUUUUGUAACAUUGCAUUGUAAUAACUUCAGUCAUUUAUAUACAUCUAUCUUCCUUUUCAAGUUUCCCCUUCUUAAUUUCUUCUUAGUUAUUAAUAAUUUCUUUAUGUUUUCCUCUGCUCACCUCGAUUAGCCAAGCUCUUUACGAGCAGAGGAUGUUUGUGUAUUAUAUUUUUUUUAAUUUAAUUUAAUUUGUAACUUAUGAAGACCAAUAAACUUCAAACUUCAAACUUCUCUGUAUUCCGUAUCCCAAGGCCUAAGAUUCCGGAUUCCAAAAGCAAAAUGUUCAUCGUUUCCGGACUUUUCGACACAAGCAAAACUACCCGGAUUCCGGAAUCUGGGUACUCAUACGUGGGGUUAAAUUACCGAUCAGACAUACCUUGCGAAUGGUAUUAAUAGUGAUGCACUUCCGAAAGAAGAAGGAAACCUUUAACCCGAAUUAAAAAGCGCGCACAUCGUUACCGGAUAAGCUUUGGACACGGAUAUUUGGGCAUGUGGCAUUAUUAUUGGCCAAUAACUCUACAAAGUCUAGCCAACCAGAAAGGAAAUUAAAUUUCUUAUUAUGUUUGUUUUAUCACCGUUACAAUCCGGAUAUAACCUGAAUGAAAUCGCCUAAUAUUAAUCCCCUAAAAACUUGCUAACGUGACGCAGAACGUUCGCAAAACGUUUUUUUAUUACUCGACACAAAGGAGUCCUAAGUAGAAGAAGAGGUUUGCUUGCGAUGAGGCCUUAAGUCGAGUCUCUGGCGGAAUAUAUUCAGACCAAACGAAAAUGCAGACAAACGCAGAGCAAGAUCGUGAUCGCCACGAGAGACUUGCUAAAUUAUGGAGGUGUUUCAGAAACAAGCAUCAUCAAGACAGUGCUUGGUCGUGGGUUGUGUGUAUUUCAGCAGCGAUUUGCAAUGCUCUUAACCUUGGCUUUGUUCUUAGCUUCGGUGUUCUGUUCCCUGUAUUGCUGGACUAUUUCAAUGAGACAAGGGAAAGAACCGGUGAGUAGAAAGAAUCAUGUUUUUCUUCUAUUUGUUUGUUAUACCUUGAACACUAUCCGGAAAGAACUUGCCUUUUUGAAAGACUGGUCUAGUGCUUAAACCUGUGCAUCGCAAAUGCAUAUUUCUCGUAGUCUUUCUUUCUGUCCUUAGAUUUUUAUUACUUACCCCAGUGAGUCUGUCGUAGCAAUUACUAUAUUUGUCAUCAACAUUAUCUAAAACACUAAGACACUAAGUCUAUUUUCAAUCAUUUUUAGCUUCAUUCCCUGUCCUACAAUUUUCAGAUCUAAAGAUGAACAAUUAAUCAGGCGAAACUAAGUUUCAAUUCAUUCUUUCCGCCCUGUGUUAUGCAACUAGGGAAUUUUAAGUACAACAACUACCGGCGUCAGCGGACCAAACCACAAACAAAACUGUUUUUAAGAUGCCGAUGCUUACAUUUUUUUACUUACCCCAGUGAGUCCGUCGUAGUAAUUAUAUUUGUCAUCAACAUCAUCUAAAACACUAAGACACUAAGUCUAUAUUCAAUCAUUUUUAGCUUCAUUCCCUGUCUUACAUUAUUCAGAUCUAAAGAUGAACAAUUAAUAAGGCGAAACUAAGUUUCAAUUCAUUCUCUCCGCCCUGUGUUAUGCAACUAGGGAAUUUUAAGAACAACAGCUACCGGCGUCUGCGGACCAAACCACAAACAUGCAGACUCCGAUGCCCUUUACUGAUAGUUUUGUUCACUUCUCUACAUUUCUUUGCCAAUCAACGUGAUCAAUGAUCAAUCAGUUUUGGUGGGGAAAAUAACUAAAAACAUUUUGGUUAUUUUGUUUUCCACUUCGUGUGUUUUCCACGCACGUGACCUGCAUCACCCCAGAGCUACAAAACCUUAGCUUGGUAAUUCAACUUUCACAGACAAGCUUUUAUUCUUUUCCAAUGUACGUGUGUCGUUUCAAAUAGGUCUCAAACUCCUUUUGCUACGAUUUAGCGGUGAUUUUUUUGUUUUCUUUUUUUGUGCGUGGAUUUUUCACGCACGUGAUCUGAAUGACCCCAGAGCUACAAAAUCAACAAUUUCAAAAAUGUUUUCAAAGACGAGCUUUAAUACUUUUUCAGUGUGUCGUUUUAGGUAGGUCUCAGCCUCCUUUUGCUACGAUUUAGUGGUGAUUAUUAAAUCUUGUGGCCUUCUUCUUUCUGUAUUACACGUUAAAACAUUUUAACAGUCUCUAUCUGAAAAACAAUAUUGUCUUGUGAUCAGACUCAAGGUCAUAAGGUAUUUUUGAGAAUGUAAAUCAGCAGAUGUCGAAUUUCUAUUAUUGUCCGCUCUUCUGAAAAUUAGCCCUAAAUCAUUACAAUACACACGUGUAGAACAUAAGACAGGAUAAGACAUCACUGUUAGUCACUGUUUAAGCUAAUUUAGAUGAAAAUAAAUAAUAAUUAUAAAAGACUAUGACGAUGGUUAAGAUCUUGAUUAAAGGCUUAUAUUAUCGUAAUACAACUAUGUAAAUGCCACAUGAUUCUAAAAGCUUACUUCCAUAAAUAGCUUCUAUUAUCAUUUACAAAUUACAAAUUUUGACAUAUUUCGUAAUAUUGAACAUGUAGCAUUGUUGUGUCUCAAUAUGCAUUCUUGAUUAUUUCUUCUCUGGCAGCUUUGUUUAAUUUAUCCGUCGUCAUGCAUGCAGUUACGUUCCUCGUGUUAACCAAAUACCGCAACUUGAUAUUUCAAUAGUAUAAGCCCCGAGGCUUUAAAGGACAUUCAUCGUGCAUGUGUGUGAGGGUACCAUGUCGGAAAAAUUGUAUUCAGAGUUAAAUUAAAUGUAAAAAUUUCCCAGUUGAGCUAGCCGAAAGUAGUCCGCUUUCGAUGUAUUAAAAGUUUUUUUGUGUUCACAAUGCAAUGAUGUAUACUGUCCAUAGAAGUACAUGUAGAUAGUAAGCUCUUAUGGUUAUCAUUAGAAUGCGUAAGAGUAAUAAAUUCUUAAUUUUAAAAAUAACCAUUUUGGAAGUAACCAUAAACCAUGACCGUUCAGCUCAUAGAAUGAUUAUGCUACUUUCAGUAAUAUAUAGAUUUAGCCAGGGCUAAAAGCGAAGCUCUCAAUAAUAUUCAUAAUUUGUUCAAACAAAAUAUAAAAUCGUGUAAUGCAAAGCGGCGAAGGCAUGCAACGCCGGAAAAAGGUGAAAACAACAAUAGGUCUAAUUAGCGAAAGUAACUUUGCGCGUGUAGCACACUUUUUUUGUUCAUUUCUUUGCCUUUGUUUUGCACGACUUUUAACACGUGAAACUUCCAGAAACUUCUUAGGGCCUGUUUACAUGGAGGUGGGGGACCCCAGGUAGGUGAGGUAACCCGCUUAGGUGGGGUAACCCGCCUGUCCAUAUAAUCUCUCAUUUUCAUUUGAUCACGUUUACAUGAUAGGUGGGGUGACCCGCCAAGGCGGGUAGCCCGGUCUACCAGACCGGGUUACCCCACCUAAGCGGGUUACCUCACCUACCUGGGGUCCCCCACCUCCAUGUAAACAGGCCCUUAGUUACACGUUUUAUGGAUGAAAUGUCUUACGUGUUCCCGUUCACUGCCGCUCAUUUUCAGCUUGCAUUGGCGGCCGCUAGCAUUUCUCAUUUUGUCACCGCCCCUACAAACUUUUCCUGUUGUUCUGAACAAAAAAAUGUCUCCUUUGUUUUUUAUCUCUCGCUCUAAAUCCCUGUCGCCCUUUUUCUCGUUGAGCUUCGCUGGCCUACCGCCCACUUUCUCUUUUUCUCUGUCUUUCUCUUGCUCUAUAUUCCAAACUAGUGGACAUGGACAAUUUAUCUAAGCUUAAUACUUUAGGCAACACGGAUACAGAAACAAUUUCCGCUUCCGUUUUAGUCUUUAUUGACUCUUUUGUUGUCUCUGCUUUACAAGACGCCAGUGGCUAUGCGAUUUCCCGCCAAAAUAACCUCGAGUUGCAUUUGGGUUACCAUACCUGUUGAUUGAGUUAUUUUAUAUUGGUAUGCCUGUGGUGCGGACAGACGGUCUCUCGGGCGAGCGGUCGGUCGGUGUACGGUCACGUGAUUACCAAAUUUUCGCGGAUGGGUAGAUUACUUCAUUUUCUUACCCAUGGUGCUCCGCUGGCGCGCUUCGCGCGCGAGAGCUCCGCUAAAAGUGUAUGAAUCAUAUAUCUGACUUAAAGAUGAAACGAAUUGGUCGUUGCAAUUCUGCAUAAAACCGUCACUUACGUCGAAUUACCGUCACUUCUCCUUAGUGCAAACAUUUGAAAAUCAGCAUCUAUAAGGAAAAUCUUGAACAAAUUCUUGGGAGUUGCAAGUCAGAUUGAUAUUGAUCUUCGCUCUUGCUCUUUGUCUUUUUUCUACACGGUAAACUGUUUCGUUCCAAAAAGGCGCGUGAGUCAAAGAUGUGCGCCCAUUCUAAAAAACCUCAGAAAAGCCCGAGGAUAACUGAAGUCUAUGAUUCAAUCAACCUUCCACGUCCACUCGUUGUCCAUUGAACGAUAACUCCACUGAAGAGUCGAUAAGAGGGAGUCGGAGGAUGCGAACGGUAGUAAAAACCGAAUUAACUGUUAAAAAAAGCGGGCUUCAAGGAAUCAAACAACAACAAAAACACACUCCAUUAAAGAAAAGUAGACUAUGAGAUACAGCAUGCCAUCUUAGUCGACAUACUUAAUUACGUCACUUUUUGUUUGAUAUUCAUCUGUAUUAUAACAAGCAAUAGAGUGUUUUCACAUGACGUCACGGCGGCCAUAUUGGUGUCCCAAAACAAUGAAACGGCGGCCAUGUUGGUGUCCCAAACCAAUCCUGUGGGAGUUGAACUCCUUUCUUAUGCAAACGCUUUCUUUUGUUCCAAUAAAUUUGCAUAGAUGCUGGCCACGUGAGUGAAAACACUCUAUAGUAGUUAAUUAUUACAAUAGUUCAUUAUUAUCAGUUCUUCCUAAUCCAUGCACACCUUUUAGUUUGUAUCUGACGCGUGUUAGAAAUGAAUACGUGCUGAUGUUCAUAAUGAUGAUAUUAAACCGAAAUAAAAAUUCCUUUUCAGCUCUUGUUGGCUCACUAGCUUUGGGCAUGACGUGGUUUGCUAGUCCGCUGUCUGGCUAUCUUUCUGAUCGCUUUGGCUGUCGCAUUACAAACUUCAUCGGAGGCGCCUUGUGCGUGACUGGCCUGGCGAUGGCGUCAUUUUCCCACAAUCUCAAUCUUAUGUAUUUCACCCACAGCCUGGUAUUUGGUUUGGGGGUAUGUUUUAUCUACAACUGCAGCUAUCUUGUUACUGCACAGUACUUUAAAGAAAAAUUGUCCAUGGCAACGGGCAUUGUAGCUUUGGGAGCAAGUGUGGGUGUCCUAUUUACAGGUCCACUGCUUCAAGUUCUUUUGGAUUCGUUUGGAUGGAGAGGCACGUACAGAGUAGCUGCCGCGUAUUUCACAAUUGUCUGUAUUCUGAGCUUAACAUACAACCCAAAUGUACAAAAAACAACAGAGAUUGAAUUCAUCAAUAACAGUGAGGAUACUGAGAGAGGUGAAAGAAGUGGCAUUUCUCUUUACUGUAGCGUGUGGACGUUUCCUACGUUUGCUGCAUCCGUCAUGUCUUUUGUGUUUGGGAGUUUUGGAAUGUACAUUCCGUACAUCUAUCUGGUUAGUUUCCGCUUUGCUUUUCCUGCAUGUUUUUCCAGUUAAAGUAAAAACAGGGGAAGUUAAGCUAUUGUGUAACUUCACCAUUAGACCAGCCCUAUUAAUACGACCCCCUUUAGUUAAUGCGGAGUCUUCGUUAAACGUGACCACCUCAUUAGUGUGACCACCCGAUGCGACCAGCCUGUUAUAACGCCACAUUUUUCUGUCUUUAAAAGUCCAUUAUUUAAGUACUAUAUUAAAAACAAAUAAUAUUUAGUUUUAGACAGGGCCAAAAUCGAACGGCUCUGGUGGGAUCUUAUAAGAAAUAUCUUUCAGGAGUACAUUUCUACUUUCGCCUAUUAAGUAAAGGAAAGGGAAUUCCUCCUGAAAUACUGCAGGGCCUGAGCCUGAUAUCAGUUGAAAAACGAUGACUGGUCAGCGGAGAAUCAAAAAAACGUGACUUCAAUGAAUUGUACACCAUGAUAAAGUCAGGUGAUAUUGGCCAGCGGAUACUCUAUUUUGACACCUGUCAAUUGACCACAACAUGGACGUCCAAUAUCAAGUUAGACACAGAUUGUGUACCGUAUUUCCUCGAAUAGGCACCCGGGCGCUUAUUUCAGAUGUCAGCUAAAAGGAUGGGCGCUUGAUCGAAUGAGGACGCUUAAUUGACAGGAGGAGAACGCUUAAAUUAAUUAUCCCUUUAAAAGAACUAGAGAAUGGUCUAGUCGUUCUUGGAAAGGAAGUUUGCGGCAUGUACCAAGAGCGCAGGCAAUAGGACAAAAAUUAAAAGAAGAGAUAACCCACAUUGAGGAACACUGCAAGCGAGCACAUACAUAUAAAACUAAAUGGAAGUGACUUAACGGAUAAGAAACUAUUCUCCCAUACUGAUUCCGCUGUAAUUGACGCCUAAAAAGUGAAAAAUAAAGUGGCCAUAAAGCUGAUUUUCCAUGUAUCCCUAAUAUUCAAGAAAGUAAGGGGGAGUGGAGGGGCGCUCAUUCGAAGGGGGUGCUUAUUUGAUAUAAUGGUUUUAAGGGUGGGCGCUUAUUUGGGGGAAGGCGCUAAUAAGAGCAUUAGCGCUUAUUCAAGGAAAUGAGAUAUGCCUUCAACUCCAAACUAGUACGUUUGUAAUUUCACAUCCUCUAACGUAAAAGGGGAGACAUACAGACGGACGAUUUUGUCACAACAAAAUUCUUGCACGCAUAGUGACUUGUUUUCUUGUAUUUUGCUAUCUUAACAGUCAUUGUAUUGGCAAAAGUGACACUUAAAUGUUUAGGAGUUCCACAAGAGAACAUGGCACCAACAUGGCGUCUCUAUACAAAGCUCUAUAGAUAUGGGUCUCCUUGGGGCCAAUAAAACUACACUAACUGUAUCGAUUGUGUUUAUAGGUUGAGUAUUCCGAGGAUAACGGAAUAACCGCCCAGGAUGCUUCACUACUGUUCAUUUAUAUUGGCCUUUCUUCGUCGCUUGGCCGGAUUAUAACGGGAAAGGUGUGCAACAACAAGAAUGUAAAUCCAGUUUUUAUGCACCAAGCAUCCAUGCUCUUAGCUUCUAUCUCCGCCUUUUUGCUUCAGUUUGCCACCAAAUACGGGUACUUAAUUAUCUUCAGUGCUGUAUAUGGCUUCAGUGAUGGAGUUUUCAUAGCAACUCAGUGUUUUAUUCUUUUGAGCUGUGUGGAUGCAAAAAGAACAACAGCGUCCUUCUGUAUCAAUAACGUUCUUUAUUCAUUUACAGCAGCCGCCGGUGGGCCCAUUGCUGGUGAGUUAAUUUGCAAUUCUUUUCUUACCAGUAAACUCUUUCAUAAGUAGUUUGGAUAUGAUCGUCUUUGAAGUGUUGUCCUCAGUAGGAUAGUGGUUGAUAAUGACGGACGUUUGUGCGUUAGUCAUCUUCAGAGUCAAAAGUGAGGUUGUAUCAUUUAACCUAGGACGUACAAGGUAGGGGGGGGUUGGGAUGCCACCCCUUAAAGUUUUUCUGAGUUUUCUCCUGGAGGAUAAAACAUCAGCACCUGAUGUUUUCAGUAGCUGUUCGUUCAACCCUCGCGCCCAGUUUGAGUCAAGUUCAGUAAUGGUCAGUUUCUAUGGUUACGAGAUAUGACGUCAUAAGUAGGAGGUGGUCAAGUUAUUUUUGAGUGAAAGUACAUGUCUUUCCAACUUUUUCCAACAUAAAAGUAAAUCUUGUGGCUAAAAUCAAGCAAAGUGCUUAUUAUUUUCAUGUCAAGCACAAAAAAAAAACAUUUCUCGCGGUUUUAACCUAAUUUCUAACUCUUGGUAAAACCGAGAUGGCGGCUAAGAUUGCAACCAUUGUUGGUGACGUCACAGGCCCCCAGCAGCGCCACCAACCAUAAAAUAUACCUCAUCUUCUAGAGAAGAUCAAAGUCUUUCCACUGAAGGUAAAAUCGUUUCCAAAUACUGCAACAAAGCAAAAACUCUAGAGGGAGGGGAGUUGGGGGUCUAUCCACCCCCCAAUGUACCACGGUGGGGGUAUGAUUUUACGUGUACUUCCGAGGGCUAAGUUGAUGGUGGUGAUGCUCGAUUUACCAUGUCAUGAUAUGCACUAUUGUGUCGUUCUGUGGUGUGAAGUUUAUUAUGUUAUUGUGUAAGUGUUAGGGAUCAUCACUGUUGUCAUUCCUUGUGAAGUACCUCGAGAAUUCCUAUUCACGGUAUGACUCUCUCGUUACUGACCAGUGUGAUUAGUCAAUGAAGGCUCUAUGUUACUGGUUGUCUGAUCUGUCAGUUGUAAAGCCACGAUGCUAUAUUGGUUACGAAGAGUGUAAACUCUUUUUUCUAUAUCCUAGCUUUCUAUCAGGAUGUCAUACUUUGUUGUGAAAACAUUCGGAAAUGGGCUGAUGGCGGUACAAAUUGGUACACCCAUAUCCUUAAUAAGUUAAUGAGCUUUAAUGGGCUUCUAUUGUAAUCCCAACGAAAAGUGGCAAAACGAAAGGAAAAAUAUAUUUGGGGUUUUAAAACAAACCUAACAUAGUCGUUAUCUGUUUUUUUCUUAGGCUUGAUAGUGGACCAGACUGGAAGCUAUGUUUAUUCAUUUUACAUGACUGGUGCUGUUCUUAUGGUUGCAUUUCUUAUUCCAAUGGUUUUGAUUCCUAUCAAUCACAGAAAGGCCAGAGUUCGUCCUCUUGAAGGCCACAGUAAAGACGAUAUGGUUACGGCAAAAUCAAAAGGGCCUGAAACUGGCCAAGAUCAAACCACUCUUGGAGAAACGCCAACCUAAAGGCAUUAAGACUGCUACUUCAUAUGUGGAGCUUAGACUUACUUUGAUGAAACAUACUGAUUUUCACAUACUGAAUGUAUGAAUGUACACUACAGUAUUAUAAAAGGUCUUUUGUACGCAGACGUACCAUGAGGUCCACACAGCUGACGCCUAACCCGGUUUUUGAAACAUGAAGUAUCCUAGAGUACUGUGUCAACACUGCAGGAUCCCGCACUCCCCCAAGCAGAAUGUCACCGAUACCCCUUUGUACAUAUGGGUAAAAAGAGACAAAGUAAUUAACAAGAAGUUUCUCGAAACCAGGCCUAGGGUUUAAACUCGAACCCACAGAUUUGAAGUCCGAGCUGUUAACCGUUUGGCUACCACGCCGACGCUUGAAAACAAAAUAUUAUUUCCUAACAGUAAAGGAAGUCUUUCGCUCAAAUGAACUUCAGUUGUUUUAAAAAUUACAUCAAGCGAUAAAAUUCUCCUAUCAGUUAUAAUAAAACGAAAAACGUUGUUUUAAAUACUUUGAAAUCUUUCAUCGCCCUCAAAAGAACAAAGCUAGGAUUUUUGCUCCAUGACGUCAUUGGCUGAUACCAAGCAUAUAUUCCGAGAAAUAAAGAUUUAUUUAUUUAUGAAGCCUCGAAUUUCGCAGCUGGCUAAGACCACGCGCGGUUAGCAGACUGUGCGCGCGCUUCGCGCGCGACAAGAUUAUAAAGUCGCUACGCUCGGAACAAACGCAUCUGGCUCACGUUCCAGAUAUUUUAUAGCGUCUAAGCUUAUCUGUUUACACAGAUUUUCUUUCAUUUCAGCCGCUUUUUCGAUUCAGAGGAAGUUGAUUUACGUGACGUAGCGAUCGGAGUAGCAAGUGGCUGUUGUCGUUCUUGGGGGGUAGUGGGGUGCUGCCAUAAAUGGGCUAUAUAGGUAUGGGCUGUGAAGGGUUUUCAAGCAGUUUACUCUGGGAUAGGGUAGAUAAAUC